AUGCUGCUGGUGCCGGACGUUAUCGGUUUAGAGACGGUGAAAAAUAUGAGUACUAGGUGAGCAUUCAGUUCAGAGCUGGGCACAAAAUGAAAGAGAAGGGUAGAGAGAGGAGUGAGACGAACCUGUCAGACAGACGCGCCUGUGGAAAAGCAUGGGUCCUAUUUUUAGAGCUGUCUUUUGUGAAGGCCUGUUCUGCUGUGCCUAGGUUCAGCUGCUGCACGGACACAAGAGCCUCAGGUUUAAAGAAUUUACACAAUAUCAUAGAGACUGAUCCAAGGACUACUGUAAUGACCAACCAGGGACUGACUAGGGACACACAGAGACAGAUCCAAGGACCACUGUGAUGACCGACCAGGGACCGUCCAGGGACACACAGAGACAGAUCCAAGGACUACUGUAAUGACCGACCAGGGACUGACCAGGGACACACAGAGACAGAUCCAAGGACCACUGUGAUGACCGACCAGGGACCGUCCAGGGACACACAGAGACAGAUCCAAGGACUACUGUAAUGACCGACCAGGGACAGAUCCAAGGACUACUGUAAUGACCGACCAGGGACCGACCAGGGACAGAUCCAAGGACUACUGUAAUGACCGACCAGGGACACACAGAGACAGAUCCAUGGACUACUGUAAUGACCGACCAGGGGCACAGAGACGGAUCCAAGGACUACUGUAAUGUCCGACCAGGCACUGACCAGGGGCACAGAGACGGAUCCAACCAACCAGGGACAGCACUUUUCUUUUUUCCAUCUCUCGUUUCAUCUUUCUUUUCUUUUUCGCUGGCUAUGUAAGCAAGUUAUGACAGAUGAAUAAGGGGUGGAAGGGGGGCACUUUUUCCUCAUGUAAUCAGAACAAUUUUGAACAUUCAUAAUUCCCAUGUUAAGCAUGUAUAGACUGGUAUGUAGCCUACAUUUUGUAACUGUAACACUCUAGUGGGGGUCAUAUCAGGCUGUCUAAUCUCUCUCACUGUCUGUCAACAUUGGACGAUGACAUCAUGGCUGUCCUGUUGUCCUCUUUCCUGUCAGGGAGACUGGGGGAAGGUUGGGGAAGGUGGAGGAGGCAUUGUGCCUGGCUUACCUUAAGAUAGUCGGUGACAGUGUUAUCAAGUCAAAGUUGGUGACCUUCCAUAGUAAUCCUUUAACCCGAUCUGAAACUGUCUCGGUACUCAUCUCCUUACUCAAUCUCAUGUAGUCGGUCGGUCGGUCAUACACAGUCACACAGUCUCACAUUUUUAGCAACAAAGGUGAAAUGUUUUGUAGCUGGUCUAAUGGUGAGGUCUAGUAUUUGGUGGUCUUCACCAAGCCCUGUUCUUUUGUAGGGUUAAACACAAGUCACUGUUGGUCUUAUUUUAUAUUUCACAAUGCUCAUACCCAAUUUUACACGUUGCAACGGCCAUCAAUCAUCAAUUUUGCAGACUGAGUGUAUCUGUUCAAAGUCCAAACACCUCAGUGUGUCCCUGCCACACAUCUUAGUAAAGACAGGGGAGUGUACUCCUAUCCUUCCGGAUGUUUUGCCCCCGCUAACUUGCCCUACAUCUUUGGAGGAGUCUUGGACUAUUGUUUCAAAAGCCUCUUCCUCUCCUCCCCUCAUAUCCUAGUGGGCCUCUCCUUUCCGUGUUUGGCUAGGAAAUCCUCUCCACUUCCUGCCCAGAAAAGGAAAUGCGCCCGCGCCAACACAUGCCAACAGCAGCACAAUACCCUGACACCUCCUGAACUGGCACAGGUGGCGUGGGAACAGCAUUCAGGAAAGAGGCAUGAGCCUCUUGUUUUCUCCCACAGGAAGUCAACCCUAGAGGAGCAGACAGUAGCGGUGUAUUCAUUUAUUUUGUAUAUAUAUAUAAGUCCCGGGCCUGGCCCCUUAUUGAUAUGCACAGUCUGCUAUUUAACAAGGCUCAAGACUGUCUCUCAUGCAUGCUAAUUAGGUUAACGUAGCUAUGAAGGUAAUGUACUGUAGGAAUUGCAACGUCAAGAUCGAUACUGGCAGUGUGGUAGCAUCCGUUCUAGACGCUUUUGUUAGUUAGACGGAUACUAAUCGCUAACCGGUUGUUAGCGAGGUUUUAUAUUAGUUGUUUGCAUAAUCAACCUUUUUGCAGAACUAGAGUCAAGCUAAGCCUUAGCUUUAAAGCCAGCAAUAAUAUAUAUAGUAUUGUAUGCUAUUGGUCUAUUUCUUAAGUAGCCAAUGUUAUUCAGUGAUAAGAGCAUUUGCAUUGCUUAACCUUUGCAAUUAGUCACUUUAGUGUUUAACUGGCGGUGUCUGGCGACGUGUCAGUACUGGCUUGUCUCUGUACAUACAGUAUAAGAGAGUGUCUCUGUGCACAUACAUGUCUGUGUGCUUUUAUCUUUCCUACUGUGGUAAUGACCUUUUUAUGACCCGAAUGCUAUGCAUCAGUAGGCUAACAGCAUCGCAUGAUCCAAGCCCAUAAUGCAUGGAACAUACUUACAGUGAGGGAAAAAAGUAUUUGAUCCCCUGCUGCUUUUGUACAUUUGCCCACUGACAAAGAAAUGAUCAGUCUAUAAUUUUAAUGGUAAGUUUAUUUGAACAGUGAGAGACAGAAUAACAACAAAAAAAUCCAGAAAAACGCAUGUCAAAAAUGUUAUAAAUUGAUUUGCAUUUUAAUGAGGGAAAUAAGUAUUUGACCCCCUCUCAAUCAGAAAGAUUUCUUGCUCCCAGGUGUCUUUUAUAGAGGUAACGAGCUGAGAUUAGGAGCACACUCUUAAAGGGAGUGCUCCUAAUCUCAGUUUGUUACCUGUAUAAAAGACACCUGUCCACAGAAGCAAUCAAUCAAUCAGAUUCCAAACUCUCCACCAUGGCCAAGACCAAAGAGCUCUCCAAGGAUGUCAGGGACAAGAUUGUAGACCUACACAAGGCUGGAAUGGGCUACAAGACCAUCGCCAAGCAGCUUGGUGAGAAGGUGACAACAGUUGGUGCGAUUGUUCGCAAAUGGAAGAAACACAAAAUAACUGUCAAUCUCCCUCGGCCUGGGGCUCCAUGCAAGAUCUCACCUCGUGGAGUUGCAAUGAUCAUGAGAACGGUGAGGAAUCAGCCCAGAACUACACGGGAGGAUCUUGUCAAUGAUCUCAAGGCAGCUGGGACCAUAGUCACCAAGAAAACAAUUGGUAACACACUACGCCGUGAAGGACUGAAAUCCUGCAGCGCCCGCAAGAUCCCCCUGCUCAAGAAAGCACAUAUACAGGGCCAUCUAAGUUUGCCAAGGAACAUCUGAAUGAUUCAGAGGAGAACUGGGUGAAAUUGUUGUGGUCAGAUGAGACCAGAAUCAAGCUCUUUGGCAUCAACUCGCCGUGUUUGGAGGAGGAGGAAUGCUGCCUAUGACCCCAAGAACACCAUACCCACCGUCAAACAUGGAGGUGGAAACAUUAUGCUUUGGGGGUGUUUUUCUGCUAAGGGGACAGGACAACUUCACCGCAUCAAAGGGACGAUGGACGGGGCCAUGUACCGUCAAAUCUUGUGUGAGAACCUCCUUCCCUCAGCCAGGGCAUUGAAAAUGGGUCGUGGAUGGGUAUUCCAGCAUGACAAUGACCCAAAACACACGGCCAAGGCAACAAAGGAGUGGCUCAAGAAGAAGCACAUUAAGGUCCAGGAGUGGCCUAGCCAGUCUCCAGACCUUAAUCCCAUAGAAAAUCUGUGGAGGGAGCUGAAGGUUCGAGUUGCCAAACAUCAGCCUCGAAACCUUAAUGACUUGGAGAAGAUCUGCAAAGAGGAGUGGAACAAAAUCCCUCCUGAGAUGUGUGCAAACCUGGUGGCCAACUACAAGAAACGUCUGACCUCUGUGAUUGCAAACAAGGGUUUUGCCACCAAGUACUAAGUCAUGUUUUGCAGAGGGGUCAAAUACUUAUUUCCCUCAUUAAAAUGCAAAUCAAUUCAUAACAUUUUUGACAUGCGUUUUUCUGGAUUUUUUUGUUGUUAUUCUGUCUCUCACUGUUCAAAUAAAUCUACCAUUAAAAUUAUAGACUGAUCGUGUCUUUGUCAGUGGGCAAACGUACAAAAUCAGCAGGGGAUCAAAUACUUUUUUCCCUCACUGUAUAGCCAUAGUGGUUAGCAGGGAACAUUACAAAUGGUUGAUGUCGAAAGGCUCACCGGCCCCCUCAACUGAAUCUGUGACUGCAUUAAUGUUACGCUCCGUUAGCAUUGUCACAUCAGUGUCACAAUCAACUAAAAUCAAUGUGCCCCUGCUUUCCUUUGCAUUUAGAUUGAGAUUGUUCAGCAGAAUGUCAACCCAUAGUCUACGUCCCAAAUGGCACCCUAUUCCCUACAUAGUGCACUAAAAGUAGUAGUGGUCAAAAGUAGCGAGUGCACUAUAUAGGGGAUAUGAUGUCAUUUGGGACAGAGCCAUAGUCUCGUUGUCACUGGGAACCAUUAAAGUGCACUAUAUAGGGAAUAGGAUACUAUUAAAGGGAACCAUUAAAGGGUGACCUAGAGUGUCUGGCUGUUGUCCCCAGGCUCGACCCCCACUGCGGUGAUGCAAUGAUAUAAUGACGCCCCGGUGCCCCUGACGAUUGUUGCCAACAACGGUAAUGACCGAGUCAUCAGCACCAGAAGAAAGCACCUGAGCUUGGUGAUGCAUUACAUCAUCGCCCGGGGGCUGGAGAGGGUGAUGGGAUUACUGUCAUAGUGGGUCUUCAUGUCCUAUUGGUUGGCUGAAGGCCAAAAACAAACCCUGCUUUCGAGGCAUUCUCUUAACGUAGUAACUAUACAGUGUGUAAGUGGCUUGCGAAAGUAUUCACCCCCCCCUUGGCAUUUUCCUAUUUUGUUACCUUACAACCUGGAAUUAAGAUUGAUAUUUGGGGGGGUUGUAUAAUUUGAUUUACACAACAUGCCUACAACUUUGAAGAUGCAAAAUAUUUUUUAUCGGGAAACAAACAAGAAAUAAGACCAAAAAAAUGAACUUGAGCGUGCAUAACUAUUCACCCCCCCCAAAGUAAAUAAUUUGUCGACCCACCUUUUGCAGCAAUUGCAGCUGCAAGUCUCUUGGGGUAUGUCUCUAUAAGCUUGGCACAUGUAGCCACUGCGAUGUUUGCCCAUUCUUCAAGGCAAAACUGCUCCAGCUCCUUCAAGUUGGAUGGGUUCCGCUGAUGUACAGCAAUCUUUAAGUCAUACAUUUUACAUUCACAUUUUUACAUUUACAUUUUUGUCAUUUAGCAGACGCUCUUAUCCAGAGCGACUUACAGUUAGUGAGUGCAUACAUUUUUUCAUACUGCCCCCCCGUGGGAAUCGAACCCACAACCCUGGCGUUGCAAGCGCCAUGCUCUACCAACUGAGCUACACGGGACCACAGAUUCUCAAUUGGAUUGAGGUUUGGGCUUUGACUAGGCCAUUCCAAUACAUUUAAAUGUAAACCACUCGAGUGUUGCUUUAGCAGUAUGCUUAGGGUCAUUGUCCUACUGGAAGGUGAACCUCCGUCCCAGUCCCAAAUCUUUGGAAGACUGAAACAGGUUUCCCUCAAGAAUUUCCCUGUAUUUAGCGCCAUCCAUCAUUCCUUCAAUUCUGACCAGUUUCCCAGUCCCUGCUGAUGAAAAACAUCCCCACAGCAUGACGCUGCCAGCACCAUGCUUCACUGUGGGGAUGGUGUUCUCGGGGUGAUGAGAGGUGUUGGGUUUGCGCCAGGCAUAGCGUUUUCCUUGAUGGCCAUGAAGCUACAUUUUAGUCUCAUCUUACCAGAGUACUUUACAUAUGUUUGGUGAGUCUCCCACAUGCCUUUUGGCGAACACCAAACGUGUUUGCUUAUUUUAUUCUUUAAGCAAUGGCUUUUUUUCUGGCAUCUCUUCCGUAAAGCCCAGCUCUGUGGAGUGUACGGCUUAAGGUGGUCCUAUGUACAGAUACUCCAAUCUUCGCUGUGGAGCUUUGCAGCUCCUUCAGGGUUAUCUUUGGUCUCUUUGUUGCCUCUCUGAUUAAUGCCCUCCUUGCCUGGUCCGUGAGUUUUGGUUGGUGGCCCUCUCUUGGCAGGUUUGUUGUGGUGCCAUAUUCUCUCAAUUUUUUAAUAAUGGAUUUAAUGGUGCUCCGUUGGAUGUUCAAAGUUUCUGAUAUUUUUUUAUGAUCUGUACUUCUCCACAACUUUGUCCCUGACCUGUUUGGAGAGCUCCUUGGUCUUCAUGGUGCUGCUUGCUUGGUGUUGCCCCUUGCUUAGUGGUGUUGCAGACUCUCAAUCAGAAAUCUUUCUGAUUGAGAGGGGGUCAAAUACUUAUUUCCCUCAUUAAAAUGCAAAUCAAUUCAUAACAUUUUUGACAUGCGUUUUUCAGGAUUUUUUUGUUAUUCUGUUUCUCACUGUUCAAAUAAACCUACCAUUCAAAUUAUAGACUGAUCAUUUGUUUGUCAGCGGGCAAAUGUACAAAAUCAGCAGGGUAUCAAAUACUUUUUUCCCUCACUGUAUGCAACAAAAUAGGAAUAACGCCAAGUGGGAUGAAUACUUUUGCAAGGCACUGUACGUGAACAAAUAACCCUUUCAAGAACGACUCAAUACACUCAACAUGCAAAUGUAGCAUUUACUAUUCUGUUGACCCUGGAUUGAUCUGCGUCAGAGCCAUAUAUAGACAUACUGUAUAUCUGUCUGUUCUCAAUAAAUACGCUACCGGUCAAAAAUUUUAGACCAACUACUCAUUCAAGGGUUUUUCUUUAUUUUUACUAUUUUCUACAUUGCAGAAUAGUAGUGAAGACAUCAAAACCAUAAAAUAACACAUAUGGAAUCAUGCAGUAACCAAAUAAGUGUUAAACAAAUCAAAAUAUAUUUUAUAUUUGAGAUUCUUCAAAUAGCCACCCUUUGCCUUGAUGACAGCUUUGCACACUCUUGGCAUUCUCUCAACCAGCUCCAUGAGGUAGUCACCUGGAAUGCAUUUCAAUUAACAGGUGUGCCUUCUUAAAAGUUAAUUUGUGGAAUUUCUUUCCUUAAUGCGGUUGAGCCAAUCAGUUGUGUUGUGACAAGGUAGGGGGGUAUACAGAAGAUAGCCCUAUUUGGUAAAAGACCAAGUCCAUAUUGCCAUCUACUUUAAUGAUUUUUUUUAUUGGCAAGAUUAGCAAACUUAUGCAUGACUUGCCAGCAACAAUUGCUGACGCUACACAUCCAAGUAUAUUUGACAAAAAAAAUUAUUCCGUAAAGUGAGUGUGGAAGAGGUGAAAAUGUUAUUGUUGUCUAUCAACAAUGACAAGCCACCGGGGUCUGACAACUUGGAUGGAAAAUUACUGAGGAUAAUAGCGGACGAUAUUGCCACUCCUAUUUGCCAUAUUUUUUAUUUAAGCCUACUAGAAUGUGUGUGCCCCCAGGCUUGGAGGGAAGAAAAAGUCAGUCUGCCACCUAAGAAUAGUAAAGCCCCCUUCACUGGCUCAAGUAGCCGACCAAUUAGCCUCUUACCAACCCUUAGUAAACUAUUAGAAAAAAUGAUGUUUGACCAGAUACAGUGCUAUUUUACAGUAAACAAAUUGACAUCAAACUUUCAGCAUGCUUAUAGAGAAGGACAUUCAACAAGCACAGCACUUACACACAUGACUGAUGAUUGGCUGAGAGAAAUUGAUGAUAAAAAGAUUGUGGGGGCUGUUUUGUGAGACUUCAGUGCGCCUUUUGACAUUGUCGAUCAUAGUCUGCUGCUGGAAAAACGUAUGUGUUAUGGCUUUACUCCACCUGCUAUAUUGUGGAUACAGAGUUACCUGUCUAACAGAACACAGAGGGUGUUCUUUAAUGGAAGCCUCUCCAGCAUAAUCCAGGUAGAAUAAGGAAUUCCCCAGGGCAGCUGUCUAGGCUCAUUACUUUUUUUAAAUCUUUACUAAUGACAUGCCACUGGCUUUGAGUAAAGUCAGAGUGUCUAUGUAUGCGGAUGAUUCAAAACACUAUACAUGUCAGCUACUACAGCGACUGAAAUGACUGCAACACUUAACAAAGAGUUGCAGUUAGUUUCAGAGUGGGUGGCAAGGAAUAAGUUAGUCCUAAAUAUUUCUAAAACUAAAAGUAUUGUAUUUGGAACAAAUCAUUCACUAAACUCCAAACCUCAAUUAAAUCUUGUAAUAAAUAAUGUGGAGAUUGAUGUUGAGGUGACUAAACUGCUUGGAGUAACCCUGGAUUGUAAACUGUCAUGGUCAAAACAUAUUGAUACAACAGUAGCUAAUAUGGGGAGAAGUCUAUCCAUAAAAAAGCGCUGCUCUACCUUCUUAACAGCACUAUCAACAAGGCAGGUCCUACAGGCUCUAGUUUUAUCGCACCUGGACUACUGCUCAGUCGUGUGGUCAGGUGCCACAAAGAGGGACUUAGGAUAAUAAUAUGCAUGUCAAUCUCUCCUGGCUCAAAGUGGAGGAGAGAUUGACUUCAUCACUGCUUGUGUUUGUGAGAGGUGUUGACAUGUUGAAAGCACCGAGCUGUCUGUUUGAACUACUGGCACACAGCUCAGACACGCAUGCAUACCCCACAAGACAUGCCACCAGAGGUCUCUUCACAGUCCCCAAGUCCAGAACAGACUAUGGGAGGCGCACAGUACUACAUAGAGCCAUGCCUACAUGGAACUCUAUUCCACAUCAGGUAACUGAUGCAAGCAGUAGAAUCAGAUUUAAAAAACAGAUACAAAUACACAUUAUAGAACAGCGGGGACAGUGAAGCAACACAAACAUAGGCACAGACACAUGCAUACACACACAUGAUAACAUACGCACUAUACACACACGUACACAUGGAUUUUGUGUUGUAGAUAUGUGGUAGUGGAGUAGGGGCCUGAGGGCACACACUUAGUGUGCUGUGAAAUCUGUUAUGAAUGUAUUGUAAUGUUUUUUUAAAUUUAUAACUGCCUUUAAUUUUGCUGGACCCUAGGAAGAGUAGAUGCUGCCUUGGCUAAUGGGAAUCCAUAAUAAAUACAAAUACAAAGAGAAAUGACAGUCCAUUACUUUUAGACAUGAAGGUCAGUCAAUACGGAACAUUUCAAUAACUUUGAAAGUUUCUUCAAGUGCAGUCGCAAAAACCAUCAAGCGCUAUGAUGAAACUGGCUCUAAUGAGGACCACCACACGAAUGGAAGACCCAGAGUUACCUCUGCUGCAGACACCAAUAAUGAGAAGAGACUUGCUUGGGCGAAGAAACACGACCAAUGGACAUUAGACCGGUGGGAAUUUGUCCUUUGGUCUGGAAUCCAAAUUUGAGAUUUUUGGUUCCAACCACCGUGUCUUUGUGAGACGCGGUGUGGGUGAACGGAUUAUCUCCGCAUGUGUAUUUCCCACCGUAAAGCAUGGAGGAGGAGGUGUUAUGGUGUGGGGGUGCUUUGCUGGUGACACUGUCUGUGAUUUAUUUAGAAUUCAAGGCACACUUAACCAGAAUGGUUACCACAGCAUUCUGCAGCGAUACGCCAUCCCACCUGGUUUGGGCUUAGUGGGGCUUUUCAACAGGACAAUGACCCAACACACCUCCAGGCUGUGUAAGGGCUAUUUUACCAAGAAGGAGGGUGAUGGAGUGCUGCAUCAGAUGACCUGGCCUCCACAAUCCCCCGACCUCAACCAAAUUGAGAUGGUUUGGGAUGAGUCGGACUGCAGAGUGAAGGAAAAGCAGCCAACAAGUGCUCAGCAUAUGUGGGAACUCCUUCAAGACUGUUGGAAAAGCAUUCCAGGUGAAGCUGGUUUAGAGAAUGCCAAGAGUGUGCAAAGCUGUCAUCAAGGCAAAGGGUGGAAUAUAAAAUAUAUUUAUUUUUUUGGUUACUACAUGAUUCCAUAUGUGUUAUUUCAUAGUUUUGAUGUCUUCACUAUUAUUCUACAGUGUAGAAAAUAGUAAAAAUAAAGAAAAACCCUUGAAUGAGUAGGUGUUCUAAAACUUUUCACUGGUAGUGUAGUUUUGAUCAGAAUUUGUUUUCCUAUCCAACCCUGCAAUAACAGGAACCACCAUAGAUCACUUUGCCACACCACAUCCAAAGCUAAUGGAAGGAAAUCUGAUGUUGAAGAAAGGCAGCACCGGUGGCAACACAUAUUUUGUUUGUGUAAGAAAGCUCUUUGUUUUUAACUGUCAUUGUAGGAACACUGCUGGGUUUUCCUAUUUGCCCGUUGGGGCUUUGAUUCUUAUCUGAAUUGGCAGUUUAUUGUUGUGCAAUUUGAAAAUAAUAUCAGCUCCGCUCCAAUCCUAUUCCCUAUAUAGUGUUCUACAUUUGACCAAGGACCAUACGGACUAUGUAGGGAAUACAUACAUUUGGGAUGCAGCCUUGGAUUGCCCUUUAAGCCAUUGUUUGCUGUGCCUUUUCUCAUUUAAAGCACUGUUCUUCUCAUAUCUCAGUGUCAGUCACCAAGCCUGGCCCACUGACCUCAGAUCUGACUGGGGCUUUUUGUGUUUCCAAUAACCAGAUCAAAUCGCAGUGUCAGUCACCAAGCCUGUUCCGCUGGCCUCAUAUCUGACUGGGCCUUUUUGUGUUUCCAAUAACCAGAAGCCUUCCUAGGGGUAUGGGCGUUCCCUGUACACACACACUUAUACACACCAUGCACGUAUUGUAUGUACAUGCAUAAAGUAUACACGCACACACCAGGCACACCGCACAUGUGUGUGGUCAUUUGAUGGCUCUAUCAGUCCUGUCUGUAAUGUGAUAUCACAGUCCUGUCUGCAAUGUGAUGGGGGGGGGGGGGGGGGAGUCUGUGACCAGACUGCUACUGUCUCUGACACAAAUGUGUGGCCCCCUCUCUCUCUCGCUCUCACUCACUCCCUCGCUCUCACACUCUCCCUAAAUCUUGUCGUGUCCCUAUGCUUCUGUCGCCACAGCAACCAACAAACGCGUCGUGGGGGCAGGUCAUGCUCAGUCGCCGUGGUUACUAUACUCCAACGGUGACAGCAGUGACAUCAUUGUUAUACUGAUUCAAAUUGUUAUACUGAUUUAAAGCCAUUCAAAGCAACACCGUUUGUCUCCAAAUCCAUAUUCCUCUUUCGUUUUAUUACCUGCUGUCUGAGUAAGUUAUCAGGCCCUCCUUUCCUCUCCGCUCUCUCUCUCUCUGCCCAGGAAAUGGCUUUCCCUGAUUCCGUUGCCAUGCCAACUGGCUGCAGCCGUGGUCGACUGCUGAAGUGAGAGUGAUAAUGACAUUACUCUUUCUGUUCUCUUCCCCCUCUCUCUCUCUCCUCCUCUCUUCUCUCUCCCCUCUCUCCUCUAAUAAUAAUAAUAAUAACAUGCCAUUUAGCAGACGCUUUUAUCCAAAGCGACUUACAGUCGUGCGCAUACAUUUUUACCUAUGGGUGGUCCCGGGCAUCGAACCCACUACUUUGGCAUUACAAGUGCCAUGCUCUACCAACUGAGCUACAGAGGACCACCUCUCUCCCCUCUCUCCUCCCCCCUCUCUCUCCCUCUCCUCUCUCCUCUCUCCUCUCUCCCUCUCUCUCUCUCUCCUCCCUCUCUCCUUCUCUCCAUCGAUUCCUUUUGAUUUCUGUGUUUUGCUCUCCUUUGCAUCCUCUAUCUUUCCUGCCUAUUUUCUCUGUGUAGCUAUCUGUUUAUCUGUUUCUAGGUAUCCUAUUCAUCCUCAUUCCUCUCUCUCCCUCAGUCCCUCUCCUUUUCUCUCUUUCUCUAUCCCUCUCUCCUUCUCGUUUUAAGCUGUGUAGAGUGUGUGUGUGUGUGUGUGUGUGUGUGUGUGUGUGUGUGUGUGUGUGUGUGUGUAUAGAACAGCAGGCACCAGCGGCUGCUCUCUCAGCCUCAGUGAGGAAGGGAGGUCCCUAUUCAAGCCACCCCUUCACCCCUCCCAAAUACACACACUGACACAUACACGUCCCCCUGCUUUGGUCGACAAAUGAACCAGGAGUAGUGUUAACAAAGCAUCGUGGAGGCUGUGGGUCAUACGUCUCAGACUAAUCUAAUGGUGCGUAAAGCCUAGUGAGCGAGUCGGUGCGUGCGCGUGAGCGUGAGUGUGUGUGUGUAUAGCCAGCCUACCAUCGACAGCGAGAGAGAACAGAGCAGAGAGGGGAGGAAGAAAAGGAGAGGUAGGAUGAGGGAGUGAACGUGAGUGAAAGUGCUGUCAGCCAUUUUAGCCAGAUUAUUAUUAUUUUUUCUGCUUUAUUAUCCACACACCGGAGCUCAUUGGAGGAGGAAUCUACCUAGUUGGCAUCAGCAUAAAAGAACGAAGGCAUGACCAGCAUCCUCUUGGGUAGUCAGAUCUUUCACCCUCUUUCUUUUUUUGCAUCCUUGCGUUGGCAGAGCAUAGCGGGGGCUGUGCAGGCUGGCCUGUCCUCUCGCUGCUACAGGGCUGCUGGUGUCAGCUUCAGCGGAUACUCCCUGAGCAUCACCCCCUCUCUUCCCAGAGAGCGAGACAGCCGAGAGGGGUGGAGGAGGAAGAUGGGGGUGAGGCGCGCUGCAGUAUAGAGAGCUGGAUAAAGGAUGUUACAUUUUAGCCCGGCGUAUAUUGUAUCAUUAUGAAACCAUUAGCAGCAGCAGCCAGCCAUGGAGUCCCGAGCCAGCAAGAUAAAAACCCAGUAAGUAUCGACGUGCGCAUUUAUUUUGCUCUAUGACCCACUCUCUGGAUAUGAUUAUCUACCCUAUAAUGGCUGCGCAUCGGGUUUCUCUCGAGCCGCGCCGAGAUGAAUGAAUAUGCAGGGCCCAGCCCACUAUAACCCAGCGCCCACUAUAGGUGUGUUGUGACGUGCGGGUUGAUGGGCUGCUGUCCAUGGUGCUUGUAGUGACAGCCAGAAUAGAGAUAUUUGCAGGCUACUGAGCGAUCUGCACUUGAGCUGUAGGUGAAUCUGUAGGUGAAUUGAUCGGCUGUCAGCAACCGCUGGCAUCACUCAACCCUCCGAGGCAUCCUGCUUAGCUGUAAAUCACAGAGAUAGAACGGAUUGGGGAGGGUAAGUUACAUCUAUCUAGCACACAGAUUUAGCCUUCUAUCUCUCUCUCCCCUUUCUUUCUAUCUCCGAUUAUCUCCUCCUCAGCAAGCAAGAAGUAGGCUAGUUUGUAAUAUUAAUAUAAUGCAAAUAUUAAUUAGCGAAACAGUGGGAGACAACAAACAUAAGAGAGUAUCAUAUUUCUGGUGUAGUGACAUCAUGCCCAUGACUAAUAUGCGGAAAUUGCAUGUCUAUUUAGUGAGAGUAGGUGGUUGUCAUAGUAACAUGGCUAUUAUGAGUUAGUGCAUCAAUUUGCUUCUCUCUGUCUCUCUCUCUCUCUCUCUCUCUCUCUCUCUCUCUCUGUCUCUCUCUACCGCUCUGUCUCUAUCUCUCUUUCUCUGUCUCUCUCUGUCUCUCUCUCUCUCUCACUCUGUGUCUCUCUCUGUGUCUCUCUCUGUGUCUCUCUCUCGCUCUGUCUCUCUCUAUCUUUCGCUCUGUCUCUCUCUCUGUGUAAGUCGCUCUGGAUAAGAGCGUCUGCUAAAUGACGUAAAUGUAAUAUACACUCAACAAAAAUAUAAAUGCUAUAUGAAAAGUGUUGGUCCCAUGUUUCAUGAGCUGAAAUAAAAGAUCCCAGAAAUAUUUCCAUACACACAAAAAGCUUAUUUCUCUCAAAUGUUGUGCACAAAUUUGUUUACAUCCCUGUAAGUGAGCGUUUCUCCUUUGCCAAGAUAAUCCAUCCACCUGACAGGUGUGGCAUAUCAAGAAGCUGAUUGAACAGCAUUAUCAUUAUGCAUGUGCACCUUGUGCUGGGGACAAUUUAAAGGCCACUCUAAAAUGUGCAGUUUUGUCACACAACAAUAUGCCACAGAUGUAUCAAGUGUUGAGGGAGCCAUUUGGCAUGCUCACUGCAGGAAUGCUCACUGCAUUUCUCUACUGUAAGCCGCCUCCAACGUCGUUUUAGAGAAUUUGGCAGUACGGCCAACCGGCCUCACAACCGCUGACCAACGUGUAUGGCGUCGUGUGGCGUUGAUUUUUGCACUCAGCAUUCUUGGCAAAUAGGACAGUAACUUUGUGCCCCAGUUUAUAGGUAUCAUUGAUUUUAUUUUCAUGAAAUUAAAGAAUACAAUAACAUUGCCCCUUAUUCUAUAGUGCCACUGAAUAUCAAUGAUGUCCAACAGAUUUUUCAAUACAGAUUGCUGUUGUAGUUAAUGUGAACCAAUUCAGUGUCCAGUCAUAUAUAAGACAAUAAUAUGUCCACUUAAUUCAUAGUGCCAAGGAAUGUCUUUGUUUGUUUAAUGCUGACUUCAAUUGUAUAAGAUCUUCAUUAUUGUAACACCAUUCAUCGUCCACUAAUAAGGUCUCUCUACUCUGCUGAAGGGGGUUCAGAGGGGUUGUGGCCAGAUGAGGGGCUUGACCAGCCUGAGGGGCUUUUGGCCAGAUGAGGGGCUCGUCCAGCCUGAGGGGCUUGUGGCCUGGUCCUGGCUCUAGCCCCCCUGGUGAACCAUUUGGUUCUGUGCACUGUGCCGGUUAAUGAAAUGUGACGGCCAUCUUUGAUACACUGUAAUGACAUCACAUUCACAAUGGUAUUGGGGUGUGAAUGUAUUGUGGGUGUGGGCUACACACACACUUGCAUGUAUACACUCAGACACACACACACAAAUGCAUACGUGUGUGUGUGUGUGUGUGUGUGUGUGUGCGCACACCACAGUAUUUGGUUUGAUUGAGAAGACCAAUUUAGGCUGUUUUGGCUUUCCAUGUGUUGAAUAACGUGUCACUGUUUGGAAGUGCUACACCAACUUCUUAAAUUCCUUGACCUAGUGUGCUCUCUACUACUACUCCUAAUAGGCCUAAACAACAAUUCUGUGGCGGUUCCUGUUAAAACAUUUAAAUAUCUACUGUAAGUGGUGAAUAUUGAGGAGUGAUUUAGUAACCAGAAACAUUCUCCAUAGAGUAUGGAGAAUUUGGAAGUGUUCAUUCCAGGAGCAGAACAGAGUCGUCACUUUUCCUACCUUAAAAAGCUGUGACUUGAGUCAUUACAUCCAAUGUUAAUACCUCUCUCUACCUCUCCACAUGGAGUCUGAGAUUUACUAUGAACACGAAUCAGGGGACAUGUCGAGUCAAACCGAUUUAGUUUCAAAUGAACCUCCAAAUGUAUUCCACAUCCAAUCUAUUCCAUUUGUGAACCAUGUGAGACCUCCAGAAUUGCUCUUACUGAAGAUGUUUUCAUAAUCCAUCAGCAACAUAGUGGUUAUUUAAAUUCCCCACGGACAGAUAUUAUUAUAAUGAUUAAAUUACAUGCUUGUUGCCAUUGGUACUAAAGUCUUAUCAAGGUUUUAGCUCAACGGGCUAACACAAUCUUGUGAUAUGCUGGAGACCCGGGUUUGAACCCCAGUCGGUCACAUCAGCAAGCAAGACCCUGUACCCAACUACCCCUGCUGCUUGGCCUAUGGUUACCCAACUACCCCUGCUGCUUGGCCUAUGGUUACCCAACUACCCCUGCUGCUUGGCCUAUGGUUAACCAACUACCCCUGCUGCUUGGCCUAUGGUUACCCAACUACCCCUGCUACUUGGCUUAGGGCUACCCAACUACCCCUGCUACUUGGCCUAUGUUUACCCAACUACACCUGCUGCUUGGCCUAUGGUUACCCAACUACCCCUGCUACUUGGCCUAUGGUUACCCAACUAUCCUUGCUACUUGGCCUAUGGUUACCCAACUACCCCUGCUGCUUGGCCUAUGGUUACCCAUCUAUCCCUGCUACUUGGCCUAUGGUUACCCAACUAUCCCUGCUACUUGGCCAAUUGUUACCCAACUACCCCUGCUGCUUGGCCUGUGGUUACCCAACUACCCCUGGUGAUUGGCCUAUGGUUACCCAACUACCCCUGCUACUUGGCCUAUGGUUACCCAACUACCCCUUCUACUUAGCCUAUGGUUACCCAACUGACCCUUGCUGCUUGGCCUAUUGUUACCCAACUACCCCUGCUGCUUGGCCUAUGUUUACCCAACUAUCCCUGCUACUUGGCCUAUGGUUACCCAACUGACCCUUGCUGCUUGGCCUAUUGUUACCCAACUACCCCUGCUACUUGGCCUAUGGUUACCCAACUGACCCUUGCUGCUUGGCCUGUGGUUACCCAACUGCCCCUGCUGCUUAGCCUGUGGUUACCCAACUACCCCUGCUGCAUGGCCUGUGGCUACCCAACUACCCAUGCUACUUGGCCUAUGCCUACCCAACUACCCCUGCUACUUGGCUUGGGGCUACCCAACUACCCCUGCUACUUGGCCUAUGGCUACCCAACUGCCCCUGCUACUUGGUUUAGGGCUACCCGACUACCCCUGCUGCUUGGCCAAUGGCUACCCAACUACCCCUGCACCUUGGCCUAUGGUUACCCAACUACCCCUGCUGCUUGGCCUAUGGUUACCCAACUGCCCCUGCUGCUUGGCCUAUGGUUACCCAACUACCCCUGCUGCUUGGCCUAUGGUUACCCAACUAUCCCUGCUGCUUGGCCUAUGGUUACCCAACUACCCCUGCUGCUUGGCCUAUGGUUACCCAACUGCCCCUGCUACUUGGCCUAUGGUUACCCAACUACCCCUGCUGCUUGGCCUAUGGUUACCCAACUACCCCUGCUACUUGGCCUAUGGCUACCUUCCAAACACGAGGCGCUCAGUAAAUAUUGACAGGAAACAGAACGGCAAAGUUUGCCAACCAACCGCUGCACUUUCAAAUUGAAUUGAUCUUGGUUGUAAGCACUUAUAAGCGUCGGGUAAUUGACUCUAUUACAGAAGGGCUUAAAAUGUUGAGCUACGUUUUAAAAUACAUUAUUAUUUUCAUGUUAAAUAAAUACAUCUUGUUUUCACACUAAACUCUUUAAAUGUUCCCCACGGACACCAUAAAAGUGGGAAAUGUAAUUAACAGCUGCUCGUUUGGUUAUUAAUUAUUUGGAAGUAGUUUAGCGAUCAUUUAAUAUUUGUUCACGUAUGUUCUAUUAAGACGGCUAUGUAAUCACAGGAGAAUGAGAUGGCUUAAGGCCUUUUUUAAUUUAAAUUAAAUUAAUGUAGAGGGACAUCAAAUGAACUGAAGAAGAUUAAUAAAUUACAUCUUGAAUCAAGAAUCACUCUGGGAACUCAGAACUCAACCACUGUCAAAUCGCAGUGAAUUCAGCUACAAAAUAAUUUAUACAUUUUCACAUGGGAACUCGUUCCCCUAACUCCACCUCCGCCCUGGCCUACACAGAGGCAAAUGGCUACACAUACCAUGCAAACAUCUAGGCAUCUCUAAUAUAGACAUUACACUAAUUUGGUUGCAGUGUUAUGGUCAGGGCUAAACAAGUGUUGCACCCACCAUGUAGCCAAGUGCCUUUUAAACGCCUGACAGCCAUGCGUGGGUGGUGUGAGUGGGUUGAGACUGGUGAAACUGACCAACUGUCUGUUUGUGUGUGGCGUGUGUGUGUGUGUGUGUGCAGCUCCCCGCAGACUUCAGCCGACUCCACCUGUCCGACGGCUUGCACCCACAGGUGACCCACGUGUCUUCCAGCCACUCAGGAUGUAGUAUCACCAGCGACUCUGGAAGCAGCAGCCUGUCAGACAUAUACCAGGUAAGCGCAGGCCCCGUCCCCACAACGUCCCCCAUAACGCACCCCCAACGUCCUCUAAAUGCCCAUGGAGAAGCCCCCCCACUCUGGAAGUAGCAGCUUACCAGGUAAGCAGGCCUCUCCCAAAUGUCCCCAUAACCUCCCAACAAUGUCCCAGCAACAUACCCCCCAACCCCCUUUAAACGCCAAUAUAACAGAACAUACCCCCCCCCCCCCCCCCCCCCCCCCCCCCCAUCUUGUGACUGUAGUCGGGCUCCAUAGCCAAUCACACCUAAUCCUCUUACCACACGCAGGCACCCCAUUGGCUCCUGACCUCGUAACCUGCUGUCUGUGUAUCUGUGAGUGCAGUGUGUGUUAGUGAGGGUGUGUGUGUGCGCAUUAGUCGGUGUCAGUUUGUUGCCGUUUGUGUGUCGUGCACACGCACAAUCUGUGUAGAGUACAUAGUGUGUGUGCGCGCGUGCGCGUAUAUACAUGUGGAGGGGAGGGGACAGGUUGUGAACAAGCUCUACUGUGCCCAGGCCCUGAUCCAGUCUUAGGACCAUCUGCUAGGUCCUCAUUAACAGGUCUGCUGUAGCGUCUCCAUUAAAUCCCUCAUCUUCUCUCUCUCUCUCUCUCUCUCCACAUUCUCUCUCUCUCCACAUUCUCUCUCUCCACAUUCUCUCUCUCUCAAUAACCCCUUUCCUUCGCCAGUCCUUCUGUCUCUUUAUGAUCUAUCUGUCCAUAGCCUCAUCUCUCUCUCCCUCCCCACUUCUAUUCAGUCUUACUCUCUCACUAAUGGAGAUGACCCAGACCCACCAUCACUUCUUCUGAGAAUGUUAGAUUUGCCAUCUUCAAAGCUUAGAGAAAAUGGCUGAACCAGUAGUAGUUCAGGACAAGCAUGUGUGGGUUUACAUCUGUCAUCGGGGCUGAAGCAUAGAGUGAAGGAGGGGUUGGUACAAUGGAAAAACAUGUAAAAACACAGGAACUUGUAGUCAGUGAAUAUCAAUGGACUCAAUCGGAUAUCUUAGCAGCCGGAGAACUGUAUUUGUUGCGCCAGCCUCUCUAGGAUGAUAACUCAGUGAUAAGGACAACAUCAUAUAUAUUUGACAAUAUUAAGGACAACCCAAAUCACAGGACUGUAUGUGUAAGAUCUAUUCAAAGAUGGAUGUCUACCAGGGUAAAGCUCUUGGCGAUGAUGCCCCUUGUUCGUCAGAGUCCUCCACGAGCCAUGUCGGCUGGAGUGCCCCAUUUGUCUCUCCCCCCAGAGAGAGGAAUAGAGCUGCAUCCUCUCUGUCACUGCCUGGCAAACAUGGCAGACUGUUUUGCCUCUGAAUAAAUCAUGAAAUUGGUUCUUCAGAAUGAGGCUUGAAAGCAUUGAUCCAAGAAUAGCCCUGUUGAAAUAUUAACGACCCACCCCCCCCCCACCCCUUUCUUUUUUUGCUCACCACACUUUAUGGAUCUCACACAAACACACAUACAGAGGGGUUCUGACUUGCUCUGUAUUUCGAGAUAACAUUUGACGUUUUUAUCGGUUCAGAAUUCCCACUGGACUGUAACAUUGUGUAACACAGUGGAAAUUAUGUCCGAAUCAAAUCCGAAGGUGUUUUAACCUCCCGUGGCACACACUUCUAAAUUAAGAUCGGCACACUAUUUAUGAAUAUUUAGUAUAUUAUAAGCCUUAUUCAUAAAUCUAGGUGGGUGGCUAAUAUGGAAUUGACGUACAGAAAUAUUGAAUAAAGGAAUGCUUCCGUGAGAGGACUAGCCUACAUCCUAUUGUAGAUAAGUAAUAGGGUCAAUGAGGAUGUCCAGUGACUUACAUCUCUGCUAUUUUAGGACAUUUGACAUUUUUCUGGUUUCCUCCUGAGAUUUGGAGCAUGCCAACAAUGUUUGUUCGUGUGGAAUAUUGCUGUGUUUUCUACCGGGUUUCGGCAUCGGUAGACAUUGACUUUCACAUCAAGGUUGAGCUGAAGACAGAUGGCUGUUUUCUCUGUUUUCACUGCUGCCAAAAUUUCUAGACGAAUUCAAGACAGUUUUCUAGCAUUUUCCAUCUCACCAGCUCAGUUACUCCCUGUCGCAUAGGGAACCGACAUACCUCGAUCUUCAGAUUUUCUGCUGUUUCACUCCACAAGUCCACACCUUACCAACCCCUUUGCUCUCUCUCGCCCUAUCAGGCCCCUCCCCUGCCCCUCCCACUUUGCUGACCUCCUGAUGCCUGAGUGGCUAGUCAGACAGCACCCUGAAUCAUUAAUGAGACAUUUGCACAUGGUGGUUAAGGAGAAAUGACAUAGGGCUACGUUCGGUGAGAGACAGGGACUCUUUGAAUCUCAGAAAAAUUUAAACACACUGGCGGUAAAGAUGCGUCUUGGACUAGGCUGCUGCAGGCAGUUUGCGAAGGCAACGUUGUUUUCGUAUCUCUCAGUGAAAAGGCAGGAGUUUAGGCACCUUAUUCAGGUAAGAGGGGUCGGUUAACGCUCAACACAUCUGGGCCAGGAGGGUUUUCAUCUCCCUGUGUUUCGUGCCUGGUUUUCGUUCCGAGCAUGAAACGCACAACAGGGCCUCUCAGCGAUAUUUAUAGCAUGUGAGAAGCCUUGAUGAAUGCACAGCGCCAAGCUCUCUAUUAAAAUGAGUGUGACAUUGUCAAUUGCGCAUCACUCUUUCAGGGAGAGAGAGAGGGAGGGAGGGAGGGAGGGAGGGAGGGAGGGAGGGAGGGAGGGAGAGGGAGAGAGGGAGAACCACAGCUAGAGAGAGAGAGAGAGAGAGAGAACCACAGCUAGAGAGAGAGAGAGAGAGAUUUGAUUCUUGUCGCUUUUGAAGAAUUGAAACAGGUUCUGCUUCUUGCCUUUGUUUUGUUUGCCAGCCCUUAUGUGAAGUUUUUGCACCAAAACCCUGAUUUAGAUUUACCAACCUCACCUCAGCCCACCAGUGUGCCGCUGUUACUACUUGGAGUAGAUGGAUAGAGCUGACAUGCUUAGUAUGGACCAGUGACCGUUUUCCUGCACUCAUAUUACUAAAACUAAGAUUGAUGGUGGUUGUUAUGAUAGAAAAAGCUGUUGUGUUUUUGUUGAUCCUGGAUGACUUGAUCCAUAAUGACUGACCUACAUCCAUCUUUUCCUCUGACCCCCAGGCCACGGAAAACGAGCCGGGUGACAUGGACCUCAGCGGCCUGCCUGAGACCGCCGUCGACUCAGAGGAGGACGAUGACGAGGAGGACAUUGAGCGAGCGUCGGACCCCCUCAUGAGCCGCGACAUCGUGCGGGACUGCCUGGAGAAGGACCCCAUGGACCGCACUGAUGACGACAUAGGUGAGUCCCUGCUAGCACACAGAAUGUUCCCCUAACAUUCCUUAAAGGUUCCUCUGAUUGAUUUGAAAAGUAACUUUCUCACAAUGUUCUGGGAACCAAAAUGUAUUUAGCUGGGGCAUGCCAGUGUUUCCCCUCCCUCCCCUGCUUUGCUAUGUUGCUUCCUGGCUCCUAUUACACAGAAGGGGACAACUGUUCCACACCAACAUUGAACCCUUACACUAAAUCUACAAACAACUGUUAUUAUCCCUAUUCCAUUGUGUCUGAUUACAGUACUACUGCUAAAAUACCUUGUAAGUGCUUGCUAUUUUCUGGCAAGACAUUUGGAAAAGCAAUGGGAGACAAUUAGAUUUGGCUUUGUUCACAAAGGGAAAUCCUACUCUGAAUCCCCAUUGUAGGCUCGUCAGAGUUUAAUCAAGCAUUCAUGAUUUUAAUCAAACAAUCCACAGCGACGCCCCCUCUCCCAGUGUCCGCCCUUAGUGCAUCACAACAGCGAAUUAUGUGUCCAUCUGCAGUCGUUUGUGCUUCACUGCUUUCAUUGGGUGAAUUUAUUUUAGCCCUCAGUUCUAUUCUUUCUGUGCCACACGAAGCCUGUGAUAUCAUAGGCCUGUUAGCAGCAAUACAGCUACAGUGAUAGUGACCAAAAAGCUUAGCUGUAGAUGUGAUGUGUGGAUGAUAUAGUGGAUACAAAUGAAGAAAAAGAGAGUGAGAAAAAGAGAGAGAGUACCCCAGUCUGUCUCUCCUUCCCUCGACGAAGCCCACAAUCUCCCCCGCCGCCCCUCCCAAUCCUGCUCCCUCUGCCGACAGGCUUUUCUAGGUCAACGCUGCACAUCCUCGCCUCUCCUCUCCCGGCGCAUUAAAGUUUCAGUGCUUCCGCAGGCUUCCCACACGACACUGUUGCCAUGCCAAGCACAGGUCAGCCCGCACCCCAGACUUGCUUUAGGCGACUAGCACAGGGAUGGAGUCCUUCCCUGGCUCCCGCAGCCAGCUAUUUCAAGGAGCCAAAGAAAAUGCAUUGGGAAGGAAUUAGGACAGGCAAUGCCCUAUACAGCCAAGCUGAAAGCCCCAAAUGAGGUUUGAUUAAGGUUGCCACACUGUAGAAGUCAAUGCAAAAGUUUGCUUUUCCUUUUUUGCUCAUGCAGUUUUCUUUCUGUCUAUGAAAAUUAAAUUGAUAGUUUGCCUUAGUGUGCUUCAGAUAAUCAUCCAAUUGUUGUGUACUCAUCAUUUGUGGGGUUGAAUUUAAUGCACUUUCUCUCGCACUAGCUGUGGCCUUUAUUCGUCCAAAGCCACACAGAGGGUGAAGGACUGCCAAGUCCUCCUAUGCUCGUCCUCUCUCUCCUCUGUGUGUCAAGACCUCCCUAACCUCCUCUCCCUCUCUACUCCCCCUCUCCAACCUUUCCACAGAGCAAUUGCUGGAGUUCAUGCAUCAGCUGCCAGCGUUUGCCAACAUGACCAUGUCUGUGAGGAGGGAGCUGUGUGCCGUCAUGGUGUUUGCCGUGGUCGAGCGGGCCGGCACCAUUGUACUCAAUGACGGGGAAGAGGUGUGUGUGUGUGUGGGGAGGGGUGUGUGUGUCGUGAAUAUGUCUGUCUUAAAGGAAAACUCCACCCUAAAACUAUCUUUUGGUAUUUAUUUCUUUAGUCCAUUGUUGAUAUAGUCCCAAAAUGUUUUGCAUGUCAGCAAUCAAGUUAUCAAGAUAUAUCACUUUUAUAUACAGAAAUACAGCCGAACAUAACGGCUGUAUUUCUGUAAUUUGAAAGUUUAAAUAUCUUGAGAACUUGAUUGCUAACACGUAAAACUUUUUGGGACUAUAUCAACAAUGGACUAAAGAAAUAAAUACCAAAAGAUGGCAGUCAAUCGACAAAAUUAGUCACAAUUGUCUCUUAUGUCAGUCUUGUGUGUGUCCUGAAUGUGUCUGGGUUUGCACAUCUCAAAUCAAAUUAAUUUUUUAUUUUGUCACAUGCGCCGAAUACAACAGGUGUAGGUAGACCUUACCGUGAAAAGCUUACUUGUCCUGGGACAUGCAGUUUGCCCUUGCCAUUACCAAUGAAGGUUCCUCUUCUUCCAUGUAAUGUUUUUUUCUGCUCUAUUUAACACGAUAGACUGCCAUUUCCCAGCGUCUCGGGAUCAUAAUUCAUCAAGGGGACCAGAAGAGAGAUCACUUGUACUGUCUCUACAGUCUGGACAGGCUCUGGCUUUUGAAUUAAGCCAUUUUGGUCAUUUUUUCGCUGUGGCGCACCCAAACAAUAGAGUGCAGAGCCAUACCCUUAAGGCCAGUUCACUUCGAUGGCAGUCCAGUCAAUGUGAAAUAACAUCCUAUUGAGCUGGUGUGUGUUAGUAAUAUGUCCACUAUUGCCUCAGUGCAUUGUCAGAUGUGUUGUUGAUGAUGCUAGAAGGGAGAAAUCGAUCCCUUGCUAUAAAAUCUGAUUUGCUAUCAUUUACUACCAUAAUAAAAGGGGAAAAGCUUACAGUUAUUAUUAUUAUAGUGUUAAAACAGGGGUAUUAUAUACUAUUGAACCAUUUGUGACCAAUGAUUAAAGAUAUCACCUGUUAAAGAAUGCGAUGCUCAUCAAUUUGAUUCCCUGCCAAAAAAUUGUGAUAAAACAUCAAUCCAAGCACCAUUCAGAUGGCUAACUAAUGGCAAAUGGCUAAUUGUGAUUAAAAAUGUGUUUAAAGGAUCAUUGCGGUCUUCUUUUUCCUUUAACAUUGAUCCUAGCCUGAUAUUAAACCAGGGAUGGGCAACUCCAGUCCUCGGGGGCCUGAUUGGUGUCACACUUUUGCCCCAGCCCCAGCUAACACACCUGACUCCAUAAUCAACUAAUCAUGAUCUUCACUUUAGAAUGCAUCAGCUGUUUGCGCUCAGGAUGGGGAAAAGGUGUGACACCACUCCGGCCCCCAAGGACUGCAGUUACCUAUCCCUGGAUUAAACCAUUGAUGUCCACUGAAUGAUCACUGAGUAUUUCUGACCGUUAACUGUUUGUGGUUGUGGUCUUGCCCCACUCAGCUGGACUCGUGGUCAGUGAUCCUGAACGGCUCAGUGGAGGUGACGCACCUUGAGGGCAGGCCUGAGAUCCUGUGUAUGGGCAACAGCUUCGGGGUCUCCCCCACCAUAGAGAAGGAGUACAUGAAGGGAGUGAUGAAGACUAAGAUGGACGACUGUCAGGUAAGGCCAAGCACUGAGACUGGCUAUUAUGAUGGACUAUCGGUUGAUUGGCCCGUCAAACGGGCCUUCUCUCCGAUGUAUUGAAUGGUGUUAUAUACUCCACCCCUGUUACUUACUCAAUUAGUCUGUUGCAUUUUAAAGCAGGCUUGAAUUCAGUAUCUACACUGAACAAAAAUAUAAACGAACAAUUUCAAAUAUUUUACUGAGUUACAGUACAUAAAGGAAAUCAGUCAAUUGAAAUAAAUGAAUUAGGCCCUAAUCUAUGGAUUUCACAUGAGUGGGAAUACAGAUAUGCAUAUUUUGGUCACAGACACCUUAAAAAAAAGAUAGGGGUGUGGAUCAGAAAACCAGUCAGUAUCUGGUGUGACCAUAUGCCUCAUGCAGCGCGACACAUCUCCUUUGUAUAGAGUUGAUCAGGCUGUUGAUUGUGGCUGGUAGAAUGUUGUCCCACUCCUCUUCAAUGGAUGUGCCAAGUUGGUGGAUGUUGGCGGGAACUGGAACACGCUGUUGUACACGUCGAUCCAAAGCAUCCCAAACAUGCUCAAUGGGUGACAUGUCAGUGUCACCCUACAUACUGUAGGCCAUGGAAGAACUGGGACAUUUUCAACUUCUAGGAAUUGUGUACAGAUCCUUGCGACAUGGGGCUGUGCAUUAUCAUGCUGAAACAUGAGGUGAUGGUGGCAGAUGAAUGGCACGACAAUGGGCCUCCAGGAUCUCGUCACGAUAUGUCUGUGGAUUCAAAUUGCCAUCGAUAAAAUGCUAUUGUGUUCGUUGUCCGUAGCUUAUGCCUGCCCAUACCAUAACCCCACCGCCACCAUGGGGCACACUCUUCGCAACGUUGACAUCAGCAAACCACUUGCCCACACGAUGCCAUACACAGUCUGCCAUCUGCCCAGUACAGUUUAAACCGGGAUUCAUCUGUGAAGAGCACACUUCACCAGAGUGCCAGUGGCCAUCGAAAGUUAACAUUUGCCCACUGAAGUCUGUUACGACGCCGAACUGCAGUCAGGUCAAGACCCUGGUGAGGACAACGAGCAUGCAGACGAGCUUCCCUGAGACGGUUUCUGACAGUUUGUGCAGAAAUUCUUCGGUUGUGCAAAACCAAAGUUUUAUCAGCUGUCCAGGUGGCUGGUCUCAGACAGUCCCGCAGGUGAAGGAGCUGGAUGUGGAGGUCCUGGGCUGGCGUGGUUACAUGUGGUCUGCGGUUGUGAGGUCGGUUGGAUGCACUGCCAAAUUCUAUAAAACGAAGUUGGAGGCUGCUUAUGGUAGCGAAAUUAACAUCAAAUUCUCUGGCAACAGCUCUGGUGGACAUGCCUGUAGUCAGCAUGCCAAUUGUACGCUGCCUCCAAAACUUGAGACAUCUGUGGCAUUGUGUUGUGUGACAAAACUGCACAUUUUAGUGGCCUUUUAUUGACCCCAGCACAAGGUGUACCUGUGUAAUGAUCAUGCUGUUUAAUCAGCUUCUUGAUAUGCCACAAAGGAGAAAUGCUCACUAACAGGGAUGUAAAUAAGUUUUGCACAAAAUUGGAGAGAAAUAAGCUUUUUGUGCGUUUGGAAAAUUUCACUUUACAUGUUGCAUUUAUAUUUUUGUUCAGUAUAGUUCGAAUUUUCAAAACACUGGGGUUAAUUCACUAAGAGAUAGUGUAUUUAUUUCAGUGGUAUCAUAAAAUAGAUUUGCUCAAAAUUCGUCUCAGCCAUGUUGGUCUAAAAAGCAGUGUGUCCCCAAGCUAACUACUCCUCUAACUUUUUAUCUUUCUCUCUCUUUCACUUCUUCCUCUUUCUUUCAUUUUCUCCUCUCUCUUUCUCCCUCUCUCCCUCCCUACGCCUCUGCUCCAGUUUGUGUGCAUAGCGCAGCAGGACUACUGCUGCAUCCUCAACCAGGUGGAGAAGAACAUGCAGAAGGUGGAGGAGGAGGGCGAGAUCGUCAUGGUCAAGGAGCACCGUGAGCUGGACCGCACCGGCACCCGGAAGGGACACAUCGUCAUCAAGGUGAGUUCAUUCGUUAUUGAGUAAGCAUUUAGGUUCCAAACCACAUCUUCCUAAGGUAUAAAUACCUUCUAAAGGUGUCAUGACAUAUUAGGGGUUAUGAAUGCCUACAGUGGGGGAAAAAAGUAUUUAGUCAGCCACCAAUUGUGCAAGUUCUCCCACUUAAAAAGAUGAGAGAGGCCUGUAAUUUUCAUCAUAGGUACACGUCAACUAUGACAGACAAAUUGAGAAAAAAAAAUCACAUUGUAGGAUUUUUUAUGAAUUUAUUUGCAAAUUAUGGUGGAAAAUAAGUAUUUGGUCACCUACAAACAAGCAAGAUUUCUGCCUCUCACAGACCUGUAACUUAUUCUUUAAGAGGCUCCUCUGUCCUCCACUCGUUACCUGUAUUAAUGGCACCUGUUUGAACUUGUUGUCAGUAUAAAAGACACCUGUCCACAACCUCAAACAGUCACACUCCAAACUCCACUAUGGCCAAGACCAAAGAGCUGUCAAAGGACACCAGAAACAAAAUUGUAGACCUGCACCAGGCUGGGAAGACUGAAUCUGCAAUAGGUAAGCAGCUUGGUUUGAAGAAAUCAACUGUGGGAGCAAUUAUUAGGAAAUGGAAGACAUACAAGACCACUGAUAAUCUCCCUCGAUCUGGGGCUCCACGCAAGAUCUCACCCCGUGGGGUCAAAAUGAUCACAAGAACGGUGAGCAAAAAUCCCAGAACCACACGGGGGGACCUAGUGAAUGACCUGCAGAGAGCUGGGACCAAAGUAACAAAGCCUACCAUCAGUAACACACUACGCCGCCAGGGACUCAAAUCCUGCAGCGCAAGACGUGUCCCCCUGCUUAAGCCAGUACAUGUCCAGGCCCGUCUGAAGUUUGCUAGAGUGCAUUUGGAUGAUCCAGAAGAGGAUUGGGAGAAUGUCAUAUGGUCAGAUGAAACCAAAAUAUAACUUUUUGGUAAAAACUCAACUCGUCGUGUUUGGAGGACAAAGAAUGCUGAGUUGCAUCCAAAGAACACCAUACCUACUGUGAAGCAUGGGGGUGGAAACAUCAUGCUUUGGGGCUGUUUUUCUGCAAAGGGACCAGGACGACUGAUCCGUGUAAAGGAAAGAAUGAAUGGGGCCAUGUAUCAUGAGAUUUUGAGUGAAAACCUCCUUUCAUCAGCAAGGGCAUUGAAGAUGAAACGUGGCUGGGUCUUUCAGCAUGACAAUGAUCCCAAACACACCGCCCGGGCAACGAAGGAGUGGCUUCGUAAGAAGCAUUUCAAGGUCCUGGAGUCUCCAGAUUUCAACCCCAUAGAAAAUCUUUGGAGGGAGUUGAAAGUCUGUGUUGCCCAGCGACAGCCCCAAAACAUCACUGCUCUAGAGGAGAUCUGCAUGGAGGAAUGGGCCAAAAUACCAGCAACAGUGUGUGAAAACCUUGUGAAGACUUACAGAAAACGUUUGACCUGUAUCAUUGCCAACAAAGGGUAUAUAACAAAGUAUUGAGAAACUUUUGUUAUUGACCAAAUACUUAUUUUCCACCAUAAUUUUGCAAAUAAAUUCAUUAAAAAUCCUACAAUGUGAUUUUCUGGAUUUUUUUUCUCUCAUUUUGUCUGUCAUAGUUGACAUGUACCUAUGAUGAAAAUUACAGGCCUCUCUCAUCUUUUUAAGUGGAAGAACUUGCACAAUUGGUGGCUGACUAAAUACUUUUUUUCCCCACUGUAUGUAUAUGACGUUUAGUGUUACCUAAAGGAUUAUACACCAUCUUCUAUAGGGCACGACGGAGCGUCUGACCAUGCACCUGGUAGAGGAGCACUCUGUGGUGGACCCCACCUACAUUGAGGACUUCCUGCUGACCUACAGGACUUUCCUCUCCAGCCCCAUGGUCGUGGGCAACAAGCUCCUCGAGUGGUUCCACGACCCAAGCCUCAGGGACAAGGUCAGCUCCCAGUUCAAGCACUUUACUAUCCAUUUCAGAUAAGUAUUUCAGUCAUUGUAUUGUAAUGGAAGCUAGACAGUACCCAACAUCAGUUAUAGCUAAAGCAUAGAUAAUACCACAUAGAUCACAGAUGCAUACAUGCUUACAUACACUCAGAUUAAUGUAUGCAGAUUAAUACACACACACACACACACACACAAAUAACUACGUGUGAGGAAAUGCAUUUAACUAGCUAACAUUCAUUCCAAGCCCAUGCUCACCCACUUAUUUUUUACUGUGAGUGAAUCUGAAUGACUUUCUUCUUGCAUCCCCAGGUUACACGGGUAGUCUUGCUGUGGGUGAACAAUCACUUCAAUGACUUUGAAGGCGACCCCGCAAUGACUCACUUUCUUGAAGAGUUUGAGAACAAUCUGGAGAGAGAGGUCCGUGUCUCAGUUAAGCAUAGCAUGUUUCAUAUCCAGUUCCAACAUUACAGCAUGUUUCAAAUCCAGUUCCAACAUUACAGCAUGUUUCAAAUCCAGUUCCAACAUUACAGCAUGUUUCAAAUCCAGUUCCAACAUUACAGCAUGUUUCAUAUCCAGUUCCAACAUUACAGCAUGUUUCAUAUCCAGUUCCAACAUUACAGCAUGUUUCAUAUCCAGUUCCAACAUUACAGCAUGUUUCAUAUCCAGUUCCAACAUUACAGCAUGUUUCAUAUCCAGUUACAACAUUACAGCAUGUUUCAUAUCCAGUUCCAACAUUACAGCAUGUUUCAUAUCCAGUUCCAACAUUACAGCAUGUUUCAAAUCCAGUUCCAACAUUACAGCAUGUUUCAUAUCCAGUUCCAACAUUACAGCAUGUUUCAUAUCCAGUUCCAACAUUACUCUUCCUUUGCCCUCAUUAUAUAUUCAGUCAAAACAUUCAAACUGUCAAAAUGUUUGCCUUUCGCUAGCCUCUUAUUUCACAAUUUAAAAUGCUAAAGAUUAUUACAUUUUUUUGCAUUUUAAUUUUAUUCCACAUAGUAACAAAGUUGAGAUACAAACAAUGAACCCAAACCCUGAAUUGAGCAAUGUACCGGUACUAAACAUAAUCAAUUUCCUUUACAGAAAAUGUACGGCCACCUUAGACUGUUAAACAUUGCCUGCGCUGCUAAAGCCAAACUGCGUCUGGUGACUCUGACCAAGCCGUCGAGGGAGGCCCCGCUAGCCUUCACCCUGCUGGGGGGCUCCGAGAAGGGCUUCCGCAUCUUCAUCGACAGCGUGGAGCCCGGGAGCAAGGCUGCAGAGGCCGGCCUCAAACGAGGAGACCAGGUGAAGUAACGAGAAUUAUAUUCUUUAUAUAGCAUUAUUUCAUAUGUUCAAAAUGCAUUACAUAGAAGGGAUGGGAAACGUCCCUCAUCCACUAGCACUGUAUGUGUAGCACCCACCUGAUUGAUGCCAGGGCGCUGUUUAGUGUGAGAAAGCUCACCACACAUCAGACCUAUCACAGUGUGCUUAUUCACUAGACUAGUUUGCUCACUAGUGAUUUUUCACACUUUGCCCCAAGGGUUCCAAAGAUCCUUGGUUAAAUCCAGGAUGCCAUCUUGAAAACCCUGCUUGGCUGUGCUUUGUUUUGGCUGAAACUUAACUCUUUCCUGCAGCUGCUUCCCAAAGGAAAUGUGAAUUAUAACAUCCUGCAAAGCAUGUUUACUCUUGCAAUUCUCCUGUCAAACCUUCUCAUUGAGUGGCUCUAAAAUACCCUUAUCAAUCUCUCUCCCCUUUUCAUCAGCCCAUUAACAAGACCUAUUUUGCCGAACCUAUGACCAGUGUUUCUUUAAUAAGUGCUGGCCCAGAAACAGCCAUUAGACCUGGUUUGCUCCAUCAGCACUGUGGUAAUGACUGCAGAGGAAGGCCCCUCACUCACAGAGGGAUCACCAGUCACUUCCUGGUUCAUUCAGAGGUCACAUCCUGGUUUACCCAGAGGGCACUUCUUGGUUCACUAAGAGGAAAGGAGGAAAACUCAGUGGCAGGCUCAUAUGUAAACAAGAAGUCCUUCCCCUCUCAUGACAAUUCAGCAGUUGUCAUAAGGCAGAUAACAGGAAAUAGAGACCAGUAGUGUUAAGGAGAUGGGAAGGGGGGAUGGAGACCAGUAAUGUAGAGGUUAGGGAGAUGAGAAGACAAGGGGGGGAUGGAGACCAGUAAUGUAGAGGUUAGGGCGAUGGGAAGAGAAGGGGGGAUGGAGACCAUUAAUGAAUAGGUUAGGGAGAUAUGAAGAGAUGGGGGAUGGAGACCAGUAAUGUAGAGGUUAGGGAGAUGAGAAGAGAAGGGGGGGUGGAGACCAGUAAUGUAGAGGUUAGGGAGAUGGGAAGAGAAGGGGGGAUGGAGACCAUUAAUGUAGAGGUUAGGGAGAUGGGAAGAGAGGGGGGAUGGAGACCAGUAAUGUAGAGGUUAGGGAGAUGAGAAGAGAAGGGGGGAUGGAGACCAGUAAUGUAGAGGUUAGGGAGAUGGGAAGAGAAGGGGGGAUGGAGACCAGUAAUGUAGAGGUUAGGGAGAUGGGAAGAGAAGGGGGGGUGGAGACCAGUAAUGUAGAGGUUAGGGAGAUGGGAAGAGAAGGGGGGAUGGAGACCAUUAAUGUAGAGGUUAGGGAGAUGAGAAGAGAAGGGGGGAGGGAGACCAGUAAUGUAGAUGUUAGGGAGAUGAGAAGAGAAGGGGGGAGGGAGACCAUUAAUGUAGAGGUUAGGGAGAUGGGAAGAGAAGGGGGAUGGAGACCAGUAGGGGGGAUGGAGACCAUUAAUGUAGAGGUUAGGGAGAUGGGAAGAGAAGGGGGAUAGAGACCAGUAAUGUAGAGGUUAGGGAGAUGGGAAGAGAAAGGGGGGAUGGAGACCAGUAAUGUAGAGGUUAGGGAGAUGGGAAGAGAAGGGGGGAUGGAGACCAUUAAUGUAGAGGUUAGGGAGAUGAGAAGAGAAGGGGGGAGGGAGACCAGUAAUGUAGAUGUUAGGGAGAUGGGAAGGGGGGAUAGAGACCAGUAAUGUAGAGGUUAGGGAGAUGGGAAGGGGGGAUGGAGACCAGUAAUGUAGAGGUUAGGGAGAUGAGAAGGGGGGAUGGAGACCAGUAAUGGAGAGGUUAGGGAGAUGAGAAGGGGGGAUGGAGACCAGUAAUGGAGAGGUUAGGGAGAUGAGAAGGGGGGAUGGAGACCAGUAAUGUAGAGGUUAGGGAGAUGAGAAGGGGGGAUGGAGACCAGUAAUGGAGAGGUUAGGGAGAUGGGAAGAGAAGGGGGGGUGGAGACCAUUAAUGUAGAGGUUAGGUAGAUGGGAAGAGAAGGGGGGGUGGAGACCAGUAAUGUAGAGGUUAGGUAGAUGGGAAGAGAGGGGGGAUGGAGACCAUUAAUGUAGAGCUUAGGGAGAGGUUAGGUAGAUCGGAAGAGAAGGGGGGAUGGUAUGAGUGUCAUGUCAUACAGUAGUUCACAUGGCCUAGUAGGUUGGAGUUUGGUGCUUACAUCACCAGAGUUGUGGAUUUGACUCCUGCAUGAAUUAACAGGAUUGAGGAUAUGGAUGAUACUUUAUGUAAUGUUGUGGUAUCUUUGUUUGUCUUUGAACAGAUUCUGGAGGUGAACGGGCAGAACUUUGAGAAUGUCCAGCUCACCAAAGCCAAUGAGAUCCUGAGGAACAACACCCACUUGUCAAUUUCUGUGAAAACCAAUCUUUUAGGUAAGAGUUAUGAGGGCUAACUAUGAAUUUAAUACUAAUAGACAAAUAUAAGUAACAGUAACACUAUCAUGUUCCACACAGUAUUUGUAUUUAUUAGGGAUCCCCAUUAGUUCCUGCCAAGGGAUCAGCUACUCUUCCUGGGGUCCAAACACAUUAAGACACUUACAUUGCACAUAAAACAAAAUAUAAAACAGUACAUAUAACAUUAUUACACCACUACAUAUCUACAAUACGAAAUGUAUAAUACCACCAUACAACAAUAUUACAAUGUACAGUUGUGGUCAAAAGUUUUGAGAAUGACACAAGUAUUGGUCUUCACAAAGUUUGCUGCCUCAGUGUUUUUAGAUAUUUUUGUCAGAUGUUACUAUGGUAUACUGAAGUAUAAUUACAAGCAUUCCAUAAGUGUCAAAGGCUUGUAUUUUUUAAGUCUUUUUCAAGACCUCUGCAAUCCGCCCUGGCAUGCUGUCAAUUAACUUCUGGGCCACAUCCUGACUGAUGGCAGCCCAUUCUUGCAUAAUCAAUGCUUGGAGUUUGUCAGAAUUUGUGGGUUUUUGUUUGUCCACCUGCCUCUUGAGGAUUGACCACAAGUUCUCAAUGGGAUUAAGGUCUCGGGAGUUUCCUGGCCAUGGACCCAAAAUUUCGAUGUUUUGUUCCCCGAGCCACUUAGUUAUCACUUUUGCCUUAUGGUAAGGUGCUCCAUCUUGCUGGAAAAGGCAUUGUUCGUCACCAAACUGUUCUUGGAUGGUUGGGAGAAGUUUCUCUCGGAGGAUGUGUUGGUACCAUUCUUUAUUCAUGGGUGUGUUCUUAGGCAAAAUUGUGAGUGAGCCCACUCCCUUGGCUGAGAAGCAACCCCACACAUGAAUGGUCUCAGGAUGCUUUACUGUUGGCAUGACACAGGACUGAUGGUAGCGCUCACCUUGUCUUCUCUGGAUAAGCUUUUUUCCAGAUGCCCCAAACAAUCGGAAAGGGGAUUCAUCAGAGAAAAUGACUUUACCCCAGUCCUUUUUGCAAAAUAUCAGUCUGUCCCUGAUGUUUUUCCUGGAGAUAAGUGGCUUCCUCACUGCCCUUCUUGACAACAGGCCAUCCUCCAAAAGUAUUCGCCUCACUGUGCGUGCAGAUGCACUCACACCUGCCUGCUGCCAUUCCUGAGCAAGCUCUGCACUGGUGGUGCCCCGAUCCCGCAGCUGAAUCAACUUUAGGAGACGGUCCUGGCGCUUGCUGGACUUUCUUGGACGCCCUGAAGCCUUCUUCACAACAAUUGAACCUCUCUCCUUGAAGUUGUUGAUGAUCCGAUAAAUUGUUGAUUUAGGUGCAAUCUUACCAGCAGCAAUAUCCUUGCCUGUGAAGCCCUUUUUGUGCAAAGCAAUGAUGACGGCACGUGUUUCCUUGCAGGUAACCAUGGUUAAAAGAGGAAAACAAUGAUUUCAAGCACCACCCUCCUUUUAAUGCUUCCAGUCUGUUAUUCUAACUCAAUCAGCAUGACAGAGUGAUCUCCAGCCUAGUCCUCGACAACACUCUCACCUGUGUUAACGAGAGAAUCACUGACAUGAUGUCAGCUAGUCCUUUUGUGGCAGGGCUGAAAUGCAGUGGAAAUGUUUUUUGGGGAUUAAGUUCAUUUUCAUGUCAAAGUGGGGCUUUGCAAUUAAUUGCAAUUCAUCUGAUCACUCUUCAUAACAUUCUGGAGUAUAUGCAAAUUGCCAUCAUAAAAACUGAGGCAGCAGACUUUGUGAAAAUUAAUAUUUGUGUCAUUCUCAAAACUUUUGACCACGGCUGUACGUGUGUGUAGAGUGCGUGUGCUAGCGUUUGUGUGUGUGUGUCUGUACCUGUGUGUGUGUCUCUUCACAGUCCCCGCUGUUCCAUAAGUUGUUUUUAUCUGUUUUUUAAAUCUGUGAUUCUACUGCUUGCAUCAGUUACCUGAUGUGGAAUAGAGUUCCAUGUAGCCAUGGCUCUAUGUAGUACUGUGCGCCUCCCAUAGUCUGUUCUGGACUUGGGGGUUGUUAAGAGACCUCUGGUGGCAUGUCUUGUGGGGUAUGAAUGGGUGUCCUAUGUGCUAGUAGUUUAAACAGACAGCUCGGUGCAUUCAGCUUGUCAACUCUUCUUACUAAAACAAGUAGUGAUGAAGUCAAUCUCUCCUCCACUUUGAGCCAGGAGAGAUUGACAUGCAUAUCAUUGUUAGCUCCCCGUGUACAUUUAAAGGCCAGCCAUGCUGCCCUGUUCUGAUACAAUUGUAAUUUUCCUAAGUCCCUCUUCGCGGCACCUGACCACACGACUGAACAGUAGUCCAGGUGCUUCUAAACUAGGGCCUGUAGGACCUGCCUUGUUGACAGUGUUGUUAAGAAGGCAGAGCAGCACUUUAUUAUGGACAGACUUUUCCCAAUUUUUAGCUACUGUUGUAAUUAAGAAAUACUAAUGCGUCCCCCCCCCCCCUUUUCAUCCACCCAGUGUUCAAGGAGCUCCUAGCACGGCCAGAGCACGACCAAGAGGCAGAAGGUGAGGAGCUGCCAGAGGUGGACCGCAAGAAUGGCGCCCCGGCACACCUGCCCAAGAUCGGGGACAUCAAGAAGGGCUCGCGCUACUCCAUCCCUGACCUGGCAGUGGAUGUUGAGCAGGUGAUGUAGUAUAAUGGACUACCGUGCCCAUAAUGCUUUGUGUAUGUUAUCAGGGACGUAUUCAUUAGGCACCAAACAGAAGAAAACAGACUGAAGCAGGAAGGGACUACCUGACAUUGUCCAAUCAGAAAUGCUUGUUUUAAUUUUCUGUUGCAAAACAUUUUGUUGUGGUGUGCCCUAAUGAAAAUGUCCCUGUUUUUAUCUUAGUAAAGACGUUCCUAACGCCUAACCUAAUGGUGUCCCGUCUCCUUCUCAAUGCAGGUGAUGGGCCUGGAGAAGGCCAGUAAGAAGGCCAAGGCCAACACGGUGGGAGGAAGGAACAAGCUCAAGAAGAUCUUUGACAAGACACUCACCAGCAUCCUGCCCCCAAAACCAUACAAGUAAGAGAAGCCAGAGACCAAGGGAAAAGGUUGCUUCAAAGUUAGAGGAGGGGAGUGUGGAAUAAAUGGGUUUGACUUAUUACUGUUUUCUGUGUUGUAUUGAUAAUGCAUUGAGCAGUGUAACCUCCUCUUAUGAAGAUGUAUUGAGCAGUGUAACCUCCUCUUAUGAAGAUGUAUUGAGCAGUGUAACCUCUUAUGAAGAUGUAUUGAGCAGUGUAACCUCCUCUUAUGAAGAUGUAUUGAGCAGUGUAACCUCCUCUUAUGAAGAUGUAUUAAGCAGUGUAACCUCCUCUUAUGAAGAUAUAUUGAGCAGUGUAACCUCCUCUUAUGAAGAUGUAUUGAGCAGUGUAACCUCCUCUUAUGAAGAUGUAUUGAGCAGUGUAACCUCCUCUUAUGAAGAUGUAUUGAGCAGUGUAACCUCCUCUUAUGAAGAUGUAUUGAGCAGUGUAACCUCUUAUGAAGAUGUAUUGAGCAGUGUAACCUCCUCUUAUGAAGAUGUAUUGAGCAGUGUAACCUCCUCUUAUGAAGAUGUAUUGAGCAGUGUAACCUCUAUUACUGAUAUACGUUACAUCGUCCUCUAUCCUCUGAAAGUGGAACUGCUUCCAACCCCUCUCUCCCUCUGUGUUUCCGUAGUGACGUGGGUGUAGGCCAGUCGCAGGACGACAGCAUCGUGGGCCUGAAGCAGUCCAAACAGAUUCCGGCCGCGCUGCCAGUCAGCGGCAGCCUGUCGUCCAGCAACCCUGACCUGCUGCAGUCCCACCGCAUCCUGGACUUCAACAACCAGCCUGGUGAGGACAAAGAUAAUAAUAAUAAUAUAAUAAUAAUAAUAAGAGAGACACACUACUCUUUGAAUCUUUAAUAUACAACUGUAUAUUACAAACCAUACAUUACACAUCUAUAAGCACCACUUGGCUGUCUUCAGCAUUCUUGAAGCAGUCUAUUUUCAUACAUCGUUAACCGGGGACAUUCUUUGCCAGAUGUUUGACACACCCUUUAAUGUUCUCCCACACACACACACACACUUCCUUCAGCCCCUGUCGUGACAAGUGAGUAUCUGUCUGCUUUUGCUCUGCCCAUGCAACGCUUGUCGUCUUUGCAAGCGAACUGCUGUUUCUUUCACAAGCUUCCUAUGGUGUUUCUAAAUCUGGGGUCUUGAGGGUUAACUUUUUCUAACUGUGGUUAUGGUCUGGGCUUGUUGGUCUUGUUAACAGCAGACUGCAAAUCAGUGUGUUUUAAUCGGUUACAUAGGCCUGAAUCUAACUGGGCUGUAGAAAGCACAAUCAUGUCCUUGCCAAUGCUGUCAGUCAGCCCCUCUGUCAUUCAGUGUUCUAGUCAGCUAAAUGAGUUACACAAACAUAUCAUUGAGCAUGUCAGCUUGGCUUCUAGCAGACAUCAGUUGUUGUCCUUUUGUUGAAACGUUUGGAGUACAGUUUGAAACUAAUCAAUCCUGUAAACUUUUGACAGAGGGUGAGCAGCUAGCAUUGACCCAUUCAUUCUCAUAUUGGUGUGUUUUCACUCGUGAUUGGGGUGGUAUGGUGAAUUCAAUACGUUUCUUGUGGAGAUGCCAUGAUUUUGUAACCUUGGGUAAAAAAAGCAAUGGUACUUGAAUGAUGUGACUGUCCAUGACGAAAUUGCUAAAUUCUGACAUGAGAUAAUUGUGUGGGUAAUUCCUAUUUAAUUAAGUUAUCUCCAUAUCCAAAAUGAAGAUUCCGCUCCUAAUGUUUGUCCAAUGUUGUGUUGACGUUGUACCUCUAUCCUCCCCCAUCCAGACAUGUCAGACCAGGUGCUGCGGGUGUUCAAGGCAGACCAGCAGAGUCGAUACAUCAUGAUCGGUAAGGACACCACGGCCAAAGAGGUGGUGGCCCAGGCCAUCCGGGAGUUCGCCCUGACCGCAGCGCCCGAAGCCUAUUCGCUGUGUGAGGUGUCCAUCACGCCGGAGGGUGUCAUCAAGCAACGCCGGCUCCCGGAGCAGCUGUCCAAGCUGGCUGACAGGAUACAGCUCAGUGGCAGGUAAGGACUGGAUUUAUUGAUUACAUUUUUAUACAGGUUAGUCCCAUCUCUUUUUCAAGAGAUAGCAAACACUCUCAAGUCCCCCUCUCCUCUUGUGCUGACGUUCUCCUGACCAUUCCUAUAUUAAUCAAAUCACAUUUUAUUUGUCAUAUGCACUGAAUACAACAGUGAAAUGCUUACUUACACAAGCCCUUAACCAACAAUGCAGUUUUAAGAAAAAUAAGUGUUAAGUAAACAAUAGAUAAGUAAAAAAUAAAAGCAGUAGAAUAACAGUAAAAAUAACAGUAGCGAUGCUAUAUUCAGGGGGUACCGGUACAGAGUCAAUGUGCGGGGGCACCGGUUAGUCGAGGUAAUUGAGGUAAUAUGUACAUGUAGGUAUAGUUAAAGUGACUAUGCAUAUGUAAUAAACAGAGAGUAGCAGCAGCGUAAAAGAGGGGGUGGGUUGGGGGGACAAUGCAAAUAGUCCGGGUAGCCAUUUGAUUAGCUUAUGGCUUGGGGGUAGUUUUAUGGCUUGGGGGUAGAAGCUGUUAAGAAGCCUUUUGGACCUAGACGUGGCGCUCCUGUACCGCUUGCCGUGCGGUAGCAGAGAGAAAAGUCUAUGACUAGGGUGGCUGGAAUCUUUGACAAUUUUUAGGGCCUUCCUCUGACACCGCCUGGUAUAGAGGUCCAGGAUGGCAGGAAGCUUGGCCCCAGUGAUGUACUGGGCCGUAUGCACUACCCUCUGUAGUGCCUUGCGGUCGGAGGCCGAGCAGUUGCCAUACCAGGCAGUGAUGCAACCAGUCAGGAUGCUCUCGAUGGUGCAGCUGUAUAACUUUUUGAGGAUCUGAGGACCUAUGCCAAAUCUUUUCAGUCUCCUGAGGGGGAAAAGGCUUUGUCGUGCCCUCUUCACGACUGUCUUGGUGUGUUUGACCAUGAUAGUUUGUUGGUGAUGUGUACACCAAGGAACUUGAAGCUCUCAACCUGCUCCACUACAGCUUGAUGAGAAUGGGGGCGUGCUCGGUCCUGCUUUUCCUGUAGUCCACAAUCAUCUCCUUUGUCUUGAUCACGUUGAGGGAGAGGUUGUUAUCCUGGCACCACACGGCCAGGUCUCUGACCUCCUCCCUAUAGGCUGUCUCAUCGUUGUCGGUGAUCAGGCCUACCACUGUUGUGUCGUCUGCAAACUUAAUGAUGGUGUUGGAGUCGUGCCUGGCCAUGCAGUCAUGGGUGAACAGGGAGUACAGGAGGGGACUGAGCACGCAACCCUGAGGGGCCCCCGUGUUGAGGAUCAGCGUGGCAGAUGUGUUGUUACCUACCCUUACCAACUGGCGUUGGCCCGUCAGGAAGUCCAGGAUCCAGUUGCAGAGGGAGGUGUUUAGUCCCAGGGUCUAUAGCAUAGUGAUGAGCUUUGAGGGCACUAUGGUGUUGAACGCUGAGCUGUAGUCAAUGAAUAGCAUUCUCACAUACAAUGAGGGGAAAAAAGUAUUUGAUCCCCUGCUGAUUUUGUACGUUUGCCCACUGACAAAGACAUGAUCAGACUAUAAUUUUAAUGGUAGGUUUAUUUGAACAGUGAGAGACAGAAUAACAACAAAAAAAUCCAGAAAAACGCAUGUCAAAAAUGUUAUAAAUUGAUUUGCAUUUUAAUGAGGGAAAUAGGUAUUUGACCCCUCUGCAAAACAUGACUUAGUACUUGGUGGCAAAACCCUUGUUGGCAAUCACAGAGGUCAGAUGUUUCUUGUAGUUGGCCACCAGGUUUGCGCACAACUCAGGAGGGAUUUUGUCCCACUCCUCUUUGCAGAUCUUCUCCAAGUCAUUAAGGUUUCGAGCCUGACGUUUGGCAACUCGAACCUUCAGCUCCCUCCACAGAUGUUCUAUGGGAUUAAGGUCUGGAGACUGGCUAGGCCACUCCAGGACCUUAAUGUGCUUCUUCUUGAGCCACUCCUUUGUUGCCUUGGCCGUGUGUUUUGUGUCAUUGUCAUGCUGGAAUACCCAUCCACUACCCAUUUUCAAUGCCCCGGCUGAGGGAAGGAGGUUCUCACCCAAGAUUUGACGGUACAUGGCCCCGUCCAUCGUCCCUUUGAUGCAGUGAAGUUGUCCUGUCCCCUUAGCAGAAAAACACCCCCAAAGCAUAAUGUUUCCACCUCCAUGUUUGACAGUGGGGAUGGUGUUCUUGGGGUCAUAGGCAGCAUUCCUCCUCCUUCAAACACGUUGAGUUGAGACCAAAAUCGAGCUCUUUGGCAUCAUCUGACCACAACACUUUCACCCAGUUCUCCUCUGAAUCAUUCAGAUGUUCAUUGGCAAACUUCAGACGGGCCUGUAUAUGUGCUUUCUUGAGCAGGGGGACCUUGCGGGCGGUGCAGGAUUUCAGUCCUUCAUGGCGUAGUGUGUUACCAAUUGUUUUCUUGGUGACUAUGGUCCCAGCUGCCUUGAGAUCAUUGACAGUUCUCCUGUGUAGUUCUGGGCUGAUUCCUCACCGUUCUCAUGAUCAUUGCAACUCCACGAGGUGUGGGGACGACGUCAUCGAUGCACUUAUUGAUGAAGCCAGUGAUUGAUGUGGUGUACUCCUCAAUGCCUUCAGAAGAAUCUCGGAACAUAUUCCAGUCUGUGCUAGUAAAACAGUCCUGUAGCUUAGCAUCUGUGUCAUCUGACCACUUCUUUAUUGAUCAAGUGACUGGUGCUUCCUGCUUUAUUUUUUGCUUGUAAGCAGGAAUCAGGAGGAUAGAUUUAUGGUCAGAUUUGCGAAAUGGAGGGCGUAGGAGAGCUUUUUACGCGUCUCUUUGUGUGGAGUAAAGUUGAUCUAGAGUUUGUUUUCCUCUGGUUGCAUAUUUAACAUGCUGGUAGAAAUUAGGUAGAACGGAAUUAAGUUUACCUGCAUUAAAGUCCCUGGCCACUAGGAGUGCUGCCUCUGGAUGAGUGUUUUCCUGUUUGCUUAUGGCCUUAUACAGCUCAUUGAGUGCGGUCUUAGUGCCAGCAUCGGUUUGUGGUGGUAAAUAGAUAUCUACAAAAAAUAUAAAUAAAUAGUGUGGUCUACAGCUUAUCAUGAGAUACUCUACCUCAGGCGAGCAAUACCUAGAGACUUCCUUAAUAUAAAAUGUUGUGCACCAGCUGUUGUUUACAAAUAUACACAGACUGCCACCCCUUGUCUUACCGGAGGCCGUUGUUCUAUCUUGCCGAUGCAGCGUAAACCCCGCCAGCUGUAUGUUAUCCAUGUCGUCGUUCAGCCACGACUCAGUGAAACAUAAGAUAUUACAGUUUUUAUGUCCCGUUAGUAGGAUAUUCGUGAUCGUAGCUCGUCAAUUUUGUUAUCAAAUGAUUGUACGUUGGCUAAUAGGACUGAUGGAAGAGGCAGAUUACCCACUCGUCGUCGGAUCCUUACAAGGCACCCCGACCUACGUCCCCUACAUCUCCGUAUCUUUCUCCUGUGAUUGACAGGGAUUUGGGCCUUGUCGGGUGUCUGAAGUAAAUCCUUCGCGUCCGACUCGUUGAAGAAAAAAUAUUUGUCCAGUACGAGGUGCGCAAUCGCUGUCCUGAUAUCCAGAAGCUCUUUUCGGUCGUAAGAGACGGUGGCAGGAACAUUAUGUACAAAAUAAGUUACAAAUAACGCUAAAAAAUACACAUAUUAGCACAAUUGGUCACUAUAUUCACCCCCUCUUAUUAUUUUUCCUCAAGUCACAGUACAUCAGGUGUUUGUUAAUAGUUACUCAACUUGAUGAAUAACUCUAACAACAAAAACACUUAUUUUGAAUAUGUGCUUUGUGUUGAGAAGAUUCUACUGGAGGAACAACAUGGAGAUAGACCAUUUAUUUAUGUACAAUAGAGUACGUGUGUGUAUGUGAGUGAAUACUAAAGGAACUCCCUGCUCUUCCCCUCUCUCUAGAUACUACCUGAAGAGCAACAUGGAGACAGAGACCCUCUGUUCAGACGAGGACGCCCAGGACCUCCUUCGUGAAGGCCAGAUCUCCCUCCUCCAGCUGUCCACUGUAGAAGUAGCCACGCAGCUCUCCAUGCGCGCCUUCGAACUCUUCUGCGCCAUCGAGCCCACUGAGUACAUCGACGACCUGUUCAAGCUCAAGUCUAAGACGGGCUCGUUUUGCCUCAAGCGCUUCGAAGAGAUCAUCAACCAAGAGACUUUCUGGGUGGCAUCGGAGGUGACCCGGGAGCCCAACCAGCUCAAGCGCAUGAAGACGGUCAAGCAUUUUAUCAAGAUAGCUCUCCAUUGUAGAGAGUGCAAGAACUUCAACUCCAUGUUCUCCAUCAUUAGGUGAGGUGGGAGAGGACGAGGACAAGAGGACACCCGGCAGCCAUGUUGUAUUGUUGUGAUGUAGAUUGGUUAAACCGAUUUGGAAGAGUUUUACACCAAAUCCAGCAAUUAGGCAUGCAGGCUUUCACUCCAAACAUAAUCUGGCACACCUGAUUCUACUGAACAGCUGCCCACUGAAAUUCAAUUAGCUGAAUCAGGUGUAGAGUUGGAACAAAAGCCUGGAACCAGAGUUUGCCCCCUUCUCUACAGUAUCAGUAUUCUAACUUAACUGUCUUUCUGUCGUCCUCCCCCCAACAGUGGUCUGAACCUGGCCCCAGUAUCUAGACUUCGGGGCACGUGGGAGAAGCUGCCCAGUAAGUACGAGAAGCUGUUUGGGGACCUGCAAGAACUGUUUGAUCCAUCCAGGAACAUGGCCAAGUACCGCAACGUGCUCAACAACCAGAACCUCCAGCCACCCAUCAUCCCCCUGUUCCCCGUCAUCAAGAAGGACCUCACCUUCCUGCACGAAGGUAGGCAGCCACACACCUAGUCAUUUUGGAUCACAAAAUGUGUUCAAAACAUUCAUCUUGGAACCCAGAAUGAAAUCCGUCUCACUCCAGCUAUUUUGGAACUUUUCGUGUUGAAAAACAAUAUCCCACGUAUAAAUACAGUAAUGUACACACACUGAAGGGUAAAAAAUUUAUAGAAUUUUUUUGGUGGGCAACUGCAAACUUCAUGUAGUAGGCCAUUCAAGGAGCUGGUCUGAUGGUGCCCUCUGUCAUUGGCCUCCCCCCUUACUUGAGGAGCAAAAAAGAACAAAAGAGGCAACCGCUCCCCUUCCCUUUCCACUAUGUCGCCUAUUCCCCCUCAGGAGAAAAGAUUUUGCAUGGGUCCUCAGAUCCUCAAAAAUGUCUACAGCUGCACCAUUGAGAGCAUCCUGACUGGUUGUAUCACUGCCUGGUAUGGAAACUGCUUGGCAUCCGACCGCAAGGCGGUACAGAGGGUAGUGUGUAUGGAUGGCCCAGUACCUCACUGGGGCCAAGCUUCCUGCCAUCCAGGACCUCUAUACCAGGUGGUGCCAGAGGAAGGCCCUAAAAAUGGUCAAAGACUCCAGCCACCCUAGUCAUAGACUGUUCUAUCUGCUACUGCAUGGCAAGCAGUACCGGAGUGCCAAGUCUAGGUCCAAAAGGCUCCUUAACAGCUUCUACCCCUAAGCCAUAAGACUGCUGAACAGUUAAUGAAAUGGCUCGCCCCCCCCCCCGCUACUCUGUUUAUUAUCUAUGCAUAGUCACUUUAUCCCAACCUACAUGUACAUAUUACCUUGACUAACCUGUACCCCCACACAUUAACACAUUACCCCCUGUAUAUAGCCUCAUUAUUGUUAUUUUAUUGUGUUACUUUUUUAAACUUUAAUUUAUUUAGUAAAUAUUUUCUUAACUCUUAUUUUUCUUAAAACUGCAUUGUUGGUUAAGGGCUUGUAAGUAAGCAUUUCAUGGUAAAGUCUACACCUGUUGUAUUCGGCGCAUGUGACAAAUUAAAUUUGGCUGGGUCUCCCAUUUUUUUAUACAAUGUUGCACUAAAUUAGAUUGUAUGCCAAUAUUGCACUAAUAUUGUACUAUAAGGCAUCUUAAUCAAUCUGUUAUAACUAAUAGUCUCUCUUGUCUUUCCCCAGGCAACGACUCUAAAGUGGAUGGCCUGGUGAACUUUGAGAAGCUGCGGAUGAUCGCCAAAGAGAUCCGCCACGUGGGUCGAAUGGCCUCCGUCAACAUGGACCCAGCGCUCAUGUUCAGAACCAGGUAACAUCGGGAAAAACGCGGAAAUCCAAUAUUCCCAGAAGACUAACAACACUUCACCAUCCCCUUUAGGUCCAAUCAAAUCACUGUAGAUUGUCGAUGAUUGAUUGUUCACAUGUAGAUUUUCGAUAUUACCUGCAUCCACGCUUUUCUCUUGAGCAACCGUUUCUCCAGGCAACCCAGCUGUUUCCUGUACUGUCUACUUAUUGUUAGCGUAGAAACCACACGGUGCUCAUGUGAAACCACACGGUGCUCAUGUGAAACCACACGGUGCUCAUGUGAAACCACACGGUGCUCAUGUGAAACCACACGGUGCUCAUGUCAAACCACACGGUGCUCAUGUCAAACCACACGGUGCUCAUGUCAAACCACACGGUGCUCAUGUCAAACCACACGGUGCUCAUGUCAAACCACACGGUGCUCAUGUGAAACCACACAGUGAUCAUGUGAAAGUGUGUGUGUGACUUUGCAUGUCCACCAUGCUGCCAUGUGACUUUUGGGUGUCUGUGGUUGUUAUCAGUGUUUGUCUCUCUUUCUCUCUAUUGUGGGCCUCUGGUAACCUUGCUCAUCUUGGUGUCUCUUAGUGGUCUAUCCUGUCUAAGCUUGUCUCCCUCUUUCUUUCUCUCUCUUUCCCUCUCUCCGUCCACUCUUUGCCCUCCACGCUUCACUGUUCAUGGCUAUCCCUUCUAGGAAGAAGAAAUGGAGGAGUUUAGGGUAAGUUUUGGUGACCUACGAUUUUUCCAUGCUUUUUUAUUCUGCCCAAUUUGUGCUCUCUCUCUCUCUCCCUCAUUUCUGACGCCUCGUUUGUUUGGUUUAAUGCUGAUUUGACUAACCACUUAUUUAGUGCUGAUUUGACUAACCUGUUAUUUAGUGCUGAUUUGACUAACCCGUUUGGUUUGAUACCCUUCUAACACUGCUUGGCUCUGGUAAAACUUUCUUUAGAAAAGGAAAUGAACAUGACUUUUGCUAGUUUGAAGUCACACUUUUUUUAUGCCCAAAAUAUUUUGCAAUGACUCAUUAAAACUGAUAGAGCGAUUUGCAUCCCAUUCAAUUCAUAAUGCAAUUCACAAUCCAUGAACUAGCAAAAGUGAUUACUUUGUGUCUUCCCAUCUACUUACCAAAAACAGCAUGCCAACUUCCAUCUUGUUUUCAGUUCUAUCAGUUUGUCAUGGUGUGGAUUUAUUCUGUGUAUCAGCCUCCAGACUAAGAAUAUCUUCUUCAACAUGAAAGUCUAUAGUGUGCUACAAUUACAGCCAAACUCGUCAUGCUUUACAUUAGAGUUUGACAAAUUCUGUUUUUGCCCUUGCACUACACAGCUGAUUCAAAUAACCAACUCAUCAUCAAAGUUUGGUUAUUUGAAAGCUGUGUAGUGCUAGGUUAAAACCCAAAACGUGCACCCAGGGGGGGCCCCAGGACCGAGUUUGGGAACCCCUGGUCUACAUCAGUGGCCAAGGAGGUAGUAUACAGAACAGUCAUUGUGUUGAAUUCCACCACACUAUACAUGUACUCUGGAUGUACCAUAGGUUCUUAUGAAAAGGCGUUUCACUACAGCUACCUUGGUUUUAGACCACAGAAAUGUUAACUAUGACUAUCUAUCACUAUUUGAACCCCCAACAAACACACAUCCCCUGUUUCCUGACUGAUUGACCCCCUGGCCCUAUUCCCUCCCCUUCUUCCUUGGAAUGCAUGGAAUGUUCUGGAGCUGAGAGGAAUGCCCCCAAAGCCUCAGUCUCUGCAUGUCUGCCACUCAAACGAUCCUCCUCUCAACUACCUUCUAGGAAUAGUACCCACACACACAGUUACCUAGAUAGUAGUACACACACAGUUACCUAGAUAGUAGUACACACACAGUUACCUAGAUAGUAGUACACACACAGUUACCUAGAUAGUAGUACACACACAGUUACCUAGAUAGUAGUACACACACAGUUACCUAGAUAGUAGUACACACACAGUUACCUAGAUAGUAGUACACACACAGUUACCUAGAUAGUAGUACACACACAGUUACCUAGAUAGUAGUACACACACAGUUACCUAGAUAGUAGUACACACACAGUUACCUAGAUAGUAGUACACACGCAGUUACCUAGAUAGUAGUAUACACACAGUUACCUAGAUAGUAGUACACACGCAGUUACCUAGAUAGUAGUAUACACACAGUUACCUAGAUAGUAGUACACACACGGUCAUAGUCUGAUGGUGGUCUCUCUCUCCCCUCUGUGUGUGUGUGUGUGUGUGUGUGUGUGUGUGUGUGUGUGUGUGUGUGUGUGUGUGUGUGUGUGUGUGUGUGUGUGUGUGUGUGUGUGUGUGUGCACGUGUGACCAGUUCUCUUAGCCAGGGCAGUGCCAACGCGGCGGUGCUAGACGUCACCCAGACGGGCGGGCACAAGAAGCGGGUGAGGCGGAGCUCCUUCCUGAAUGCCAAGAAGCUGUACGAGGAUGCCCAGAUGGCCCGCAGGGUCAAGCAGUUCCUGUCCAACCUCAGCCUGGAAACCAACGAGGAGGCGCUGCAGACCCUCUCGCUGCAGUGUGAGCCCUCCAUCAACACACGUAAGUGGUGGAGAGAGUACAUGCUGUGGACAACACACACUUGCUUGUGUUCUGUCUCACACUUAGUGCGGGCUAGAAUAGGGUACAUGCAUGCUGUGUACACACACACACACUUGCGAUCUCUAACUGCAAUAUGAGCCCUCCAUCAACACGUGAUUGAUGCACACAUGAAUGCUGUUGGUACAAACACAAAUUGUCCAGGUGGCCAUUUUGGCUCAGCAGCAACACUCGGUUUCUCACUGGUAGUAUUGAUUGUUAACGUACCACAUUCUCCUUCAACCAUUUCUCAGUGCCCAAGAAUGCUGGUGGCAGUAAGAGGCCAGACACGUCUCCGGUGGUGUCCAGGGCUGCCAGCCAGCAGAGGGGCCAGCUGCAGAAGGGAAACCAGGCCCUUCAGGUGCCCGCCGUGGCCCUCUACCCCUCCCGCAAGAAAGUACCCGUCAAGGACCUGCCACCAUUCGGUAAGAACAAGUUAAGGGGGAAAAUAUACUUGAUGCAUAUAUGCACGUUUUAGAACAUUGUUUCUUUCCGACAUUCGCUUUCAGGAAAACACAUUAAUUUCAGUUUCAGGUAAAAUGUACCUCAUCACAAUGUUGCUUCUAUUGUGGCAUUACACUAGCUUAGACACUAUGAGCAGGUUUCCCAAAGACCCGGAUAAAGUUUAUUCCUGAACUAAAACACACUGUCAAUGGAUAUUCUAAGGAUUAAUCUGCAUCUGGGAAACCUGCCUUUGCUGAAGUUUUUAUCCUACUCCAAACAUGGGUUAGGUUGAGGGUUAAAGCUGGAAUCCUUAAUGUGAUAUUAUAACAACAAAGAAGUUACUGUAAACAACUAACAGUUUUUUCCCCUCAGACAUUAUUGCACGCGUGGUAGAAGAACACAAUAUGUACUGCAUUAAUUUUUUACCAUGCUGCACGACGCUCCUCAGUUCAACAACAAAAAUGAUAACAACGGUGAUGGGGCGGCCAGCGGUGGUGGGGUGGGGUGGCUACUGUGGAUUCCAUCUUUAAGUGUAGCUCAGAGGGGAUUAAAGUACACUGUGGGAAGUGGGAACUAUUUCUUGGAAGAACCUCCAGUGGAGGGAGACAUUAGCUCAUGUAGCUGUGCUUCACUGUGUUGAUACAGUAGUAUCCACUCUGCCAAGUUUGCUUUGCUCCAUCUGUUUAAAUUCUCAGACAAUAGAUAAAACCUCUGUAGUACUACCUCUCCUUUGACUGUGAUUUGAGCACCACCUAGAGGCCGUAUGGCCAAGUGAGGAUUAAAAACUCACCAGACAAUGUAGGCUAUGGCUACGUUUAAAACCCCACCAUUGACGUUCUCUCCACAACGCUAAAUUUGGCUAUGGUUUUGUUUUGAAGGCACAAGUUCCCCUCAGUCGUUGAAGAAGAUCCUGUCACUGUCGGAGGAGGCCAGCGAGCGUCACAAGCGUCAGACGGAGGACACAGUAUCCAGCACCUCCUCGCAGCUCUCCUCCCCACCCACCUCCCCACAGAGCUCGCCCAAGAAGGGUAAACUAAAUAAUCCCAUCAGUCCAACCUCAGCCUAUAGACAAGGGGAGAAGGGCUAUGUAAAGGGCUCCCUUUUGUCGUUCUGAGCCUAGACCACCUAGUCUACACUGUUCCAUAUUGGAAUCAGCUAUCAAUCACCCCUACCUACCUCCCAUCCCAACUACCUCACUCCUUACAUACUGUGAUGCUGUCCUGUGUCCUAUCUGUGUGUGAUGUCUCUUUGCCUUGCCGCACGCAGGGCUCAGGACACUGAAGGGCCAAAGUUUCCGGAAGGUUACCUUGACCAGUAAACAGACAGCCACAGGUAAACUGGGACUGCCCCAGACCGGCCCUAGACCUAGAUGCUGCUGGCCUAAAACACAUUUUGGGGUGCCCCUAAUGAUGCCCCCCUAAACAUGCAGGGUAUUUGUUGUUCAAUUCCAACCAAGUCUUAACUGAUGAUGACUAAUAUUACAUUAUUGAUUAAGUAACAAAUCAGGGUCACGUUCAUUAGGCAACAAAUGGAGUAAAACAGAUUGAUACAGAUAGGAACUACCUAGACCUGUCCAAUAAGAAAAGAAGGCCCGGAAAAUCGUCAAAGACCCCAACCACCCAAGCCAUAGACUAUUUUCUCUGCUGCCGCAUGGCAAGAGGUACCGGUGCAUCAAGUCUGACACCAACAGGCUCUUGAACAGCUUCUGUCCCCAUGCAAUACAACUGAUAAAUAGCUAACAAAAUGGCUACAUGGACUGUGUUUACCUUGUAUCUUUAUUUACCUUUUAUUUCAGUAUUUGCACUGUCUUUAUGUACACUCACAGGGCCCUACACACUCACACAGACUGUCACUCCAACACACACAAACACUCCAUCAUUUGCUCACUCACACAUAACAUGGACAUACAGUACCAGUCAAAAGUUUGGACACACCUACUCAUUCCAGGGUUUUUCUUUGUUUUUUUCAAUAUUUUCUACAUUGUAGAAUAAUAGUGAAGACAUCAAAACUAUGAAAUAACACAUAUGGAAUCAUGUAGUAACCCAAAAAGUGUAAAAAUAAAGAAAAGCCCUGGAAUUAGUAGGUGUCCAAACUUUUGACUGGUACUGUAUAUUUAUACUGACUCACUCACAUACGAGCUGCUGCUACUACUCUGUUUAUCUGUUGGCUACUCCCCUUAUCCCUAUACAUAUCUACCUCCAUCACUCCAGUAUCCCUGCACAUGUAAAUAUGGUAUUGGAACUGACUUUUUAGAUAUUUCCUGUAUAUAGUAUGCUUGCUUACUUUGUGUAGUUCAUAUUUCUUAUUCCUCGUGUGCUUUUUUCUAGUAAUACAUUGUUAUUGAUUAUUGCAUUGUUGGGUUUCACUGUACUUGUGCGUGUGACAUUGAAACUUGAAACUAAGAAACUCAUUUUCAUUUUCCAUUGCAAAAUGUUUUUAAAUGUUUUACGUUGCAUGCCCUAAUGAACACGACCCAGUUGGAUCUUACGAAGACGAAGUGGUUGGACCUGUAUACAGUGCAUUCGGAAAGUAUUCAGACCCCUUUACUUUUUCCACAUUUUGUUACGUUACAGCCUUAUUCUAAAAUGAAUUAAGAAAAAAAAAUCCUCAUCAAUCUACACACAAUACCCCAUAAUGACAAAGCAGAAACUGGUUUUUAGAAAUGUUUUCAAUUUAAAAACUGAAAUAGCUUAUUUACAUAAGUAUUCAGACCCUUUGCUAUGAGACUCGAAAUUGAGCUCAGGUGCAUCCUGUUUCCAUUGAUCAUCCUUGAGUUGUUGCUACAACUUGAUUGGAGUCCACCUGUGGUAAAUUCAAUUGAUUGGACAUGAUUUGGAAAGGCACACACAUGUCUAUAUAUGGUUCCACAUUUGACAGUGCAUGUCAGAGCAAAACCAAGCCAUGAGGUCGAAGGAAUUGUCCGUAGAGCUCCGGGACAUGAUUGUGUCGAGGCACAGCUCUGGGGAAGGGAGGUGAUCAAGAACCUGAUGGUCACUCUGACAGAGCUCCAUCUGUGGAGAUGGGAGAACCUUCCAGAAGGACAACAAUCUCUGCAGCACUCUACCAAUCAGGCCUUUAAGGUAGAUUGGCCAGACGAAACGACUCCUCAGUAAAAGGCACAUGACAGCCCACUUGGAGUUUGCCAAAAGGCACCUAAAGUACUCUUAGACCAUGAGAAACAAGAUUCUCUGGUCUGACAAAAACCAAGGUUGAACUCAUUAGCCUGAAUGGGAAGCGUCACGUCUGGAGGAAACCAGGCACCAUCCCUACGGUGAAGCAUGUUGGUGGCAGCAUCAUGUUGUGGGGAUGUUUUUCAGUGGCAGGGCCUGGGAGACUAGUUAGGAUUGAGGGAAAGAUUAACAGAGUAAAAUACAGAAAGAUCCUUGAUGAAAACCUGCUCCAGAGUGCUCAGGACCUCAACCUGGGGCGAAGGUUCACCUUCUGACAGGACAACAACCCUAAGCACACAGCCAAGACAACGCAGGAGUGACAAAUCUCUGAAUGUCCUAGAGUGGCCCAGCCAGAGCCCGGACUUGAACAUGAUCGAACAUCUCUGGAGAGACCUGAAAAUAUCUGUGCAGCAACGCUCCACAUCCAACCUGACAGAGCUUGAGAGGAUCUGCAGAACAGGUUUUCCAAGCUUGUUGCAUCAUACCCAAGAAGACUUGAGGCUGUAAUCGCUGCCAAAGGUGCUUCAACAAAGUACUGAGUAAAGGGUGUGAAUACUUAUGUAAAUGUUAUUUCAGUUUUAUUUUAUUUAUUUGUUCCUAAAAUGUCUAAAAACCUGUUUUUACUUUGUCAUUAUGGGGUAUUGUGUGUAGAUUGAUGAGGAAAAAAACAAUUUAAUCAAUUUUAGAAUAAGGUUGUAACGUAACAAAAUGUGGAAAAAGUCAAGGGGUCUGAAUACUUUCCGAAUGCACUGUAUAUACUGAACAAAAAAAAACCCGCAACAUGCAAUAAUGUCAUUGAUUUUACUGAGUUACAGUUCAUAUGAGGAGAUCAGUCAUUUGAAAUAAAUAAAUUAGGCCCUAAUCUAUGGAUGUCACAUGACUGGGAAUACAAAUAUGCAUCUGUUGGUCACAGAUACCUUUUAAAAAAUGGGCCUCACAAUGGGCCUCAGGAUCUCAUCACAGUAUUUUUGUGCAUUCAAAUUGCCAUUGAUAAAAUGCAACUGUGUUUGUUGUCCGUAGUUUAUGCCUGCCCAUACCAUAACCCCACCGCCACCAUAGGGCACUCUCUUCUCAACGCUGACAUCAGCAAACCGCUCGCCCACACAACGCCAACAUGGUCUGCAGUUGAGGCAGGUUGGACAUACAGACAAAUUCUCGGAAACAAUGUUGGAGGUGGCUUAUGGUAGAGAAAUUAACAUUAAAUGAUCUGGCAACAGCUCUGGUGGACAUUCCUGCAGUCAGCAUGCCAAUUUGCACACUCCCUCAAAACUUGAGACAUCUGUGGCAUUGUGUUAUGUGACAAAACUGCACAUUUUAGAGUGGCCUUUUAUUGUCCCCAGCACAAGGUGCACCUGUGUAAUGAUCAUGUUGUUAAAUCAGCUUCUUGAUAUGCCACACCUGUCAGGUGGAUGGAUUAUCUUUCAAAGGAGAAAUGCUCUCUUGUGCACAAAAUUUUAGAGAAAAAUAAAUAAAUUCUGUGAUCUUUUAUUUCAGCUCAUGAAACAUGGGACCAACACUUAACAUUUUGCAUUUAUAUUUUUGUUCAGUGUAUAUAGGGGGUCCUGAGGGCUUGUGUCUGUCGCCCCACUUGUCUUAGUAGCGGAGCUGCUGCUGUGAUGUCUAGUAGUAUGACAGUCGCUUCAGAAGAUAGAUGGGCUCAGAUGCUCCUGCUUCACCGACAUCCACUACUCCGCUUGAUUCAUGUCCGUGUGUUUAGAAGCCAGUAGAAGCCCUUCGGUCCACCGGGGAAAAACUAAUUCCUUUCAUUAUUGGAAUGGGUUUCAGGAACUGACUUGAUGCUAGGCCAUCUGACUUGGAAGAGCAGUCCUCCAUUUUCUGAGUGGUAGCUCGCGGUUGGUUUGCCAAUGAUUUAAUGUCACAGAAGACUCCAUUUACGAUGACUUGUUAGAUGUUAGAAUGUUAGAGAGCAGAGUAAUUUGAUGAGAUUUCUGGCUUUGAGAUGUGAGUCCAAGCUAAAGGUGUGAGGAUCUUCAUUUUUUGAAUUGGAUUGCUGCCCCAAGCACGUUCUGAGUUUUGUUGUAAGGUUGCUGUGUAUUUCCCCUAACCUUUUAUUAGGCUGAUUAGGUGAUUCUAGGUGGUUGUAGGCUUGUGUAGUGGCUUCUUUGAAUCUUAUUUUUCUCAUUUACUAGUAGGUCACAGUAUGACCGUGUUAAAGCUGUAAGUUAUCUGGUGUGACGGUAGUGAUUUGAGAGGUUAGAGGUUUUGUUUUCGAGGUGCAGGUAGAAAGAGAAGUUUCUCUAGGCCUAUGUGUUCUCUUAUCCAGCCUGCUGUAAAAUCCAUGUUAGGAGGUUCUGAACGAUGCAACCCCCUGAACACAACCCCUGGACUAGUAGAUUGGAAUAAUUUAGCACUUUGUGACAGCUGCUGAUGUGAAAAGGGUUUAAUAAUGAUUGAUCAGUCAGUUAAUGUCCCAACCCCCUACUCUCUCCAGGCUACCCCAGAACAGGAGACACCUACUCAGACUCAGGUCACAGCGAGAUCUCGUCACGCUCCAGCCUGGUCAGCAACUCCUCCUUCGACAUGGCCCAGGAGGAGAGGAGGGGUCUCAGGCACUCCGGAGGUGUUGGAGACCCCCACGCUGGAGGGGUGCGUCUGGAGAGGAGGGCUACGACAGACCCGGACCAGUACAGCCUCAGGUAUGAACCAACACUGCCUAUUUCUAAUGACCAUCAUCCCAAAAACGUUGUUUAAAGGGAUAGUUUACCCAAGUUCUAAAAUUGUUAAGUGGUGUUUAACUUGAAAAUGUAGUACUUGGUACACAUCCUAUUUUAAAAGCUAAUUACAGUGAUGAGCUUUAAAUGAGCUUCAAAAAUUGAAAAAGAAAUAGUUCCAAUCCCAACCCUUUAUUUUUCCACUUGAGUGGAAAACCCAUUGCAAAGGUAUAGCUUGUCUCUAAUCUCUAACCCUCUGACCCCCCCCCCCCCCCACAAACAGUUCCUACUCAUCCAUGCAGGACUGCCGGGGCCUGUAUACCUGUGCUACGGUUGUCUCUCCCAGCUCUGAGGAGCUGACCCAGGACCAAGGAGACCGUGUCUCCCUGGACGCCGCCGACAGUGGUCGCGGCUCCUGGACUUCGUGCUCCUCGGGCUCCCAUGACAACAUCCAGACCAUGCAGCAGGGACGCAGCUGGGAGGCCUUCGGACCUGGCGGUGUGGUCAGCGUGGGUGUCCACCCUCCCGGGGGGCCUGAAGCGUUACUAGGGGGCCCCUCUGGACUGUGGGUGUCUCAGGCUAGAGGGAGCUGGGCAUCGGCCUCUUCUUCAUCUUCCUCUGCGGCGUACUGGGGCGAGGACUCAGAGGGUGACACGGGCACGAUUAAACGGCGAGGCGGGAAGGACGUGAACGCUGACCCGGAGACGAGUAGUAUCACGUCCAUGGGGUCUGACGAGGCCAAGCAGCACGGGAGGCCAUCGCCGUCACCCAUCACCGCCGGCAAUAAGGGUCUUAUCAGUGAGUUGACGUCUGAAAAUGUUGUUUGUCUGUUGUGUUGAUGGAAGGGUUUAGCUGUCCUCAUAGGCUAAUGUUAUAGUGUCCAUACCUGUUCCUAAUGUUAUGGUGUCCAUACCUGUUCCUAAUGUUAUGGUGUCCAUACCUGUUCCUAAUGUUAUGGUGUCCAUACCUGUUCCUCAACAAAUAAACAGGGUCCUGGUGAAAGGUCGGAUUUGAGAAUGUUCUGAAAAUGCCAAACCCUGCUCACAUGCGUAUUCAUUUUUGCAUUCAUGCUUUUUACGAUUUGCGUACAUCCUUGGAGAGAAGUGCAUGUCAGCUGAAUUAUGUCCGCAUGUAGAUCUCCAUGCCAACACUUUUUCUGGAUGAAGUGUGUGGCGCAGAUGCGUAAAGUAUUAAUUGCAUUUUACCCCACCAUCUUUCACCCCCCUUAGCACGAAAGGAGAGCCGUUACCGCGAGCCCCCUCCCACCCCGCCGGGCUACACCGCCCUGACAAUCUCUGACUUCAGUGAGGGCCAGACGCAGUCGCCACCCCCGCCCACGGCCCCGUCCCACUCUGGCCGCCGCCCGCCCGACUACACCACGGCCCUGCAGCGCUCGCGCAUGGUCACCCAGUCGCCUGACUCCCAGCACCACCACCAGGUCCAACAACACCCAGGUUCCGGAACCACAAAGCGCCAUGGGCUCCACCGCACCCACUCGCCAGGCGAGGACGAAGAGCCAGAGGAGGAAGAGGAGGGUGAGUCCUUGUCUCCCAAACUAGUCGCUCUGAGGAAGACAGUGGCACACACAACACCAGAGACAACCAGGCCCUGA